GGCGUCUCGAGCGAGCCGCUCGCGCGCUGCCCCCCGCGUUCCCGACGCUCCCACCUUCUCUUGUUCUCCCCUCCUCCCGCUCCUCCUCCCCCCCCGCGUGCGCCAUUCCUCCCUCCCCCCUCCCUUUCUUCCCUCCCUCCUUGGACUCCCCGCUGUGGUCGGGUUGGGCCAAAGCAGCCGAGCCGGAGGGCGCAGGCAAGGCAAGGCGAGCCAGUCUCAGGGUUGCCAAGGCAGGGACUGGCUGGCGCCUGCGGGGGGACCCCCCUCCCCGCUGCUGCUGCUGCUCCUCUUCCUCCUCCCCUCCCUCCCUCCGCACUCGUCGCCUAUUGAGAACGACCCAGCCGGCUCCUGAGGAGAGAAGAGCGAGGAGCGGGGGGGAAGACGCCCCCCCCGGCCCCUGGGCAGCAACAUGAGGUGAAGUGUGUGCGUGUGCAUGCAUGCAUGCAUUGGUGUGUGUGUGUUUGGGGGGAGCCUUUUUGCUCUUUCCUCCUCUGCAAGGAGGGGAACCAUUAUGCCGAGAGGGGGGCCUUGUGGGUUCGUGUCCAUGGAGGGCUUUUCUUGUUGUUGUUGCGACGGUUUGGGGUGGUGGAGGAGGGGGAAGAGGUUGCAGCCGAGAACGGGGAAGCCUUGCGCGGGUGGGUUGAGGAAGGGCCCCCUCCCGAGUGGAGCGACUGAGGGCUCGAGGGGGAAACCCCGACGGGGUGGGCAUGACUGGGGGGGGGUCGUCUUAAUAGGGAAGCCUCGGGCGGGAUAUGGGAAGUGUCGGCCGGUUUGGAGGGAAGGAGCUGCGGCGAAAAAGCAGGGUUGGGGGGGGGGAGGUUUCUUUUCUCACCCCCAUGUUUUUCCCCUCUCCCCCCCUUCCAAAUUUUGCAUUGAUUUCCCGCGGUGUUGUAGUUGCAUGUCCUUCUCCCUAUCUCUCUCCCCCCCCCGCAUUGUUCUUUUCUCUAGAAUGGGGGGAAGUUUGCGUGUGCGUGUUUGCCGGCAGGAGAAAAAGAAAAGGGAUUGUGCUGAUGGUGUGACCAUAGGGAUAAUAAUGGCUCAUCUGGCGUGCAGAGCUUUUGUUGCAAGCAAGGGUUGUGGAAGAGCUUUUGGGGUGUGGGGGGGGGGGUUGCACAGAAAGGAAGGGGGAAAGGUGACACUGGUUCGUUUGGAGGGUUGAAAAACCACCUUUAUUUUCUUUGGGAGGGGCAACUGGAGCUGGAGGGAAAGAGGACGGGCUAUUUUCGGUGCCCUUUAUUCGCGGUUAAAAGCAAGGCAUAGAAUCACCUAUCCGUUCGCCCCAGCUACAGAAUUCAAGGCGUAGAAGUGAAAAAGAAUCUUCCCCCCCCUCCCCGCUCCAAUCUGAAAUCGGCGUAUGUUGCAUUGCAGCAGCCCCUGCUGGGUUUUUCUUUGUGUAAUCGAUAAAUAGGAGAAAAUCACAUACACAGCACUAGCAAUGACGAAUAUGUGUUUGAGUGGGUUUUCUGUUUCUGCUUUAAAAGGGGUUUCUUCACAUAUUGUCAGUAGUGAAGUGGGUAUCUCCCCUCCCCCACUCCCAUGGCUAAACGGUUUUUAAUUUCUGUAUUUUAUAUUCUUUCACCACUUUGACGCAAGACUUUGAACAGGGGACUUGCUAGGCUGUUGACCAGGCUCCAGGGGGACCCUAUCCUUGUAGUUUAAACUAUUGGGACUGGGACUAAAUUACUCCCCCCCCCAAAAAAAAAAAUAUUUGUCACUGUAUUUGAAUUUCCUUUGUGUUAAAGAUUAAUGACCAACAGUUGCCAAGCCCUUUAGAAUGUAAUACAAUAAGAUUCACAUGAUAUGGCCCACCACUUCUUUUCGUGAGACAAAAUGUCAAGUAACUUGACUUCACCAGGAAUUUUAAGUACUUUUAAAGUAAUUUUUAAGUACUGAAAAAAAGUUUAGCAGAGAACGUACAUAAGCUGUGCAAUCUUGGCAGCCUGCACCCACGUUUAGUACUUCUCAUGGCUCUCACUUGGUCCGUUUAUAAAUCUGUGGUUUUGUUCAUUCAUUUCAUUGUUGGGUGUCCUCCUAGUGUGUGAGCGAGGUAUAAAUGUAUUUUACAAAUCCUCUGUGAAUAUAUUGAAGAAACCAGCUAUAUUUAUACAACACACAACCAGAAAAUGCUAUAUAUUGUGUGUUCUAACUGAAUUAGAGCUGAGUGCCCUAUGUAUUUGUUUACCUUUAGUUCAGUCUAUUAUGGAUUACAUAGUAGCGUUUCAGAAAUCUUCCCGUUUACUUUUCCAGAAGUGUGUAUUAGAAUAUUAGAAACAGAUUAGAAAUUAUAAUGUGAUAUUUGAUGUUCUAAGUUCAAAUAUCAGAAUUUCUACAACUUUCGUUUGCAUUUGAUUGUGUCUUAGAAUACCCAGAUACUACAGAUUUUUUUUUUUUUUAAGGAUGGUUGUAUGGUUGUGAGUUCUUUUGUGGACACACUGAAACCCUUUUAAAAGUGCCUCCCAUUAAUUGUAGGGUAUGUCUGUAAUGUGUUGAACACAUGGCAAAAAGAUGUAUUGAUAUGUGUUCUAGUGUUGGUGUUGAUGGGCUACUAUGUAUUUAAACUUAUGUCAGCUAGCUGAAGUAAGCUGUAUUCCUGGCAAACAUUUCUUCAGAAGUGAGGGCAUUAGUAUGCUAAAUUGGCUGCCCUUGAUUUAUCAGUCAGUCAUUUUACUGUACAAACUACUUACAACAAAACUUGCACAAUUAGUUUUCUUAAACUUUAAUAUUUUCAAUACUUUUUAAAGACUAGAACGUACGUUCUUUGGAUUUUUAUUGCACGUAUUAAGGUCCUUAAUGCACACGAAAUGUUUUAACUAAGCAAGUACAUGAAGGGGGAGCAAACAAGUUUGUUACUAUUUAAAACACAUACUUUAAAAAAGUAUUCCGUGAUCUAUUGGCUAAUUUAUUAUUAUGAGCAUAGAAUUUAUCCUAGCCAGAACAUAACUGUUUAGUAGUGACUUUAUGUCCCUGCUGUAUCUUUAAGAGGUAUUCAAGUUUUGUGGCCUAUUGUUCGUAAUGGGUUGAUAAUACCAGUUUGAAACAAUAGGUGCUGCUAUAGCUAUAUUCAGGUACAAAUAAUGGCUUUGAAAUGUAAUUUAAUAUAAUAGCAAUGCAAUAUUAUAAAUAUAAGUUAAUAUAAUUAUAUAAUGGCAAGUUAAUAUGUAUGAAACAAAACAAGAACAGCUGUUUUAAAACCUCAUUAAUUCUGUUAGCAUUUACAAGAACAUCUUCUGUGGCAUGGUCCUAUUAAGCCAGUGUCAUGAAUUCGCAGAAGUAUGGAUUGCGUGUUUUCCCAGGAAGUAGUGAAAUCACUAUUUCUAUUCAGUACAGACAUGUAAUGUAGCAACUUUGGUUUUGCUCUGGUUUAGAACUGCAAGUCACCAUGGGAAUUGGGGCAGGAGGACUCCUGAUUCUCAGUCUCCUCUCAUUGAUCUACUCGGGAAGGAUUGUGAAGACAGUACAAGAAAAGAGUAUAUAGUCUUUCUCUCCUCUCCUCUUGGUUACUUAGGAUUCUGAAAAAAUGAAACGAAGUCAAGGAGAUGCAUUGCUGUGGGCACUUAGACAAGUAGGCCAGUCAGGUGGGUGACCUCCCUCCACUUUGCCAUCUUGGUAAAUGUUGUAUUGUGUGAAGUGUUGGGAAGAUUAUUCAUCUUCCAGUAUGGUGAAACAUUGAAUAUUUUUAGUGAUUUUGACCACAGGCAGGAAUGUACGCAGUCAAGGAGUUAGAUAUGCCAUUGGUGUUUUAAAUUCAGUUCCUUUGCAACAAUUACUGUUGGUGCCUUUGAAAAUGGUUAUGUCUAAUGUUGGUGAUAAUUCAAUACCUUUAAGUAAUAAGGUCUCUGAGUAUGAACAAGUACUGCAGAGUGGUGGGAUAACAUGUUUGAGUCAAAUCUGAAGUAUUUGUAAAGCAGUCUAUAUGAAUAGCUGGGGUUUUUUAGCUUUAGUUAUCUGAGUGAACAAGUGCUGUAGACCAUUGUGAGCUUUUGCACAUGUUGAAAUAGUAAGUAAUUUAGAUGUUUUAGUGCAUUUAUGCAACUAAUAACAUGUAUGAAAACUUGGUUAUAAUAUGGAUCUAGGCAAUACAGAGGCAAUACAGAGGCUAUACAAAAGAGAAGCAUUUCAGCAAUAAAAAGGCAAUGUAGAAUUUUUCAUUCUAUCUGGGUACAGAACAUAUGGACUCAGGUUCAUUAAGUGGUGUUGCUUGAAUGAACCAAUAAUGGGCCAUCUUGAAGAUAUAUGUAUCAUUUUAUAUAAAAUGUCCAGGGAUUUUUCUUACUUUGUCAUUUGAAAUGUGAUAAAACCAAAGCUUGAGUUUGAGUAUGGUUUCUGAAACAUUUCCCCUCCUUCUGCUUUCCUCACUAGUGGUUUCACUCCAAAGAAACCGCAGUCUGAAGCCUGAACCACAGUUUGUUAUUUGUUUUCUGAUCAUGGACAAGCAGUGUCAAAGUUGCUGCUUCACUCCUCCCCCACUCUUGUACCUGGUAUGGCUUAUUGUGUCAUCUGGACCUGGACUUGUGAUUUGUGUAUUUCCAAAUAAUCAUAAGGCAGAAGCCAAGGUUUGUUCUUGACUUGCCACUUAUGAUUUGUUUGGGGGCAAGAAACUGCAAGUUUGGGUUCAGAUAACUCAACAAACCAGACUAUGGUUUGUUCCCAACAGCAUAAAAGGAAAUGGGAGAAAGAAUGACACAAUUUAAUCAGCGCAGUGCUUGUUCAUAUUAAACCUUUGCGUUAUAUUCAGCUAAAUCAUUGCACAUGUGGAAUGACUUUGAGGAUGACGUAUCCUCCCCUCCCCUUUCACACCACCCACAAUUCUAUUUCAGAGAGUUAGGGGAACCCCAAGAGCAAAUUCCAAGGCAGCACCCCCUACUCAACCCUAUAAAAAGCAUUAUACAGAAUAGUGGUUUGCACUACCCACUAAGGAAGAGAACGACACAAAAAGAAUUCAAAACAGUAGCAAUCAGACAUUUAUUAAAAAUCCAAUUAAAACUAUUUAGUUUAAUUCAUCAAAAUUGGUGAACUUGAUCCAGGGAUGCCAGAUUUUCAAAGUCUUAAAGUCAUUUAUGUGUCCAUCACCUCCCUGCUGCCCCCUUGCCUCUUAGCACCCCCAGGGUCAGAGGGGGGGGUCCACAUUUUUGGGUCCACGGCUCCCUUGACCAACUACAUUCUUUCUGCGGCACCCCGUGGGCUCAGGAGCCAGAUUAUGUCACCCUUUGCUUGCAGAGCCGGCAGCCCUUCACCGCUUUUCAAACACCCUCCCUUGUGGAGUGUUCCCUCAGUUUCUUCUCUCUCCUUGGAAGUCCUCCAGGCAGCCACUGCUGCCGCCCUUGGUCUCUGAGCUGCCCCCCUUGCCCCAAAGAGAGGUGCCUCCUCACACUGCCCCACAGGGGCCUGGAAAGCACCCCCUGGCCAGCCCCAGAGGCACCAUUCGCCUGGAGAGCUUGCAGCCAGGGCUGCUGCAAGAAACAGCCGCACAAGCCUUUGGGAGGCAGAGGCACAAGAGGGCAUCAGAGGAGGGAGGGAAGGAAAGAGGGACAGAGGCCAGUGUUGCCCACGGCACCCCUGACCAUCAUUCAAGGCACCCCAGGGUGCCACGACACACUGGUUGAAAACCACCGUCCUAGGCAAUCCCACUGCUUCCCAAGGGGUGGUACUAUCCACUUUGGGAACCAAUGAUUUAGUGUAAUGUGUGAACCAGGUCACUUCUGUAAAACAAAGGAAGGUGUUUUUGGUGUAAUGUUUCACUGUGGUGUUUUUAUAGAUUGGUAACUUCAAGUUUUCCUACAUUUCAUUGUGGGGAGGGGUAAUGGGGAGAGAGAAUUUUCUAAAGGUCAUGCAGAAUUUUUGAGAUCAUUUAUUAGAUAUCCAUUUCCUUGCAGAUGUGCACAUCCAUAAUGUGAAAUUUCAGCUGAAAGUAAAAAUAAGUUUUUGCUAAUAUGUAAAUAUGAAAUCAUUGGUAGUAUCAAAAGCAGUAAAUUCAGCACAUUAGCAAGAAAACAAACUUCCUGUGUUUUUCCCAAAGAAAGUAUUUUCAGUUACUUUAGAACAAUCUGAUACUCUGUUUGAGACACCAAGAUGCUUCAUGUUAUUUUAGAAAUGUAAUUUAUAACUUGUGUCUAUGUUUAUACAUUUUUACCAAGCUUUAAUGCAACGUCUGAUAAAAGGAGAGAAGACCUUACCAGAGGGUGACAACAGUACAAACAAUAUAAACUCAAAGUGUGUUGAACAUAUUAUUGGCAUGACUAUAGUCAUACCAUAAACUGAAAAAUCAAAUUUCAACUUGGGGAAAUGUCAGUGUUGCUUGUUCCUGGGGAAAAUAGGUUUACCUCACAGUGGUUGAGAGUACAAGGGUGUUGUCUUGUUUCCCCCCAUAUUAAUUAUUAGGAUGAAUAGUUGAACAUGUUUUAAUCCAGUGCAGAUCCUAGACACAUUUCCUUUUGGUUCAGUUGUGGGUUAAAUGUUUGACUUGAAUGGCCCUGCUGUUUUCAGUCAUCGUUUCCCACUUUAGGAUUUUCUUUUAUACGAUUAUAGACAUUUAGGAAGCUACCUCAUACUGAAUCAGACCAUCUAGUUCAGAAUUGUGUAUACUGAUUGGCAGUGAUUUUCUAGAGUUUUUCCGUCUGGGCUCUCACUCAGUCCUGCCUGGAUAGGCUAGAAAUUGAAUGUGACACAUUCUACAUGCAAAGCAGUUGCUCCACCACUGAACUAUGGCCCUUUCCCCCUGUUAGCUUCUGAGGGAAGUGUGCCCGUUGAUUUUUUUCAGAAAUGUGACAUGCAGGGGACAGAGAUACAGACUAACGAUAUCUUCCUAGGAAGUGCUUUAACCCAUUUGUUGAGUCCACGAUGAUGUUGGAUCCACAAUGUUUGAUGCAGAUGUUUUUUUACUGCUCAGCUGUCUGAUGCCCUUUUAAGUCGAUGUGACAUACUGAAUUAGCGUCUUACAUGCGCCAUAUGUAAAAUAAAUAAAUAAAUACAUGCGUACAUACAUACAUACAGUGGUACCUCUGGUUGCGAACGGGAUCCGUUCCAGAGCCCCGUUUGCAACCUGAGAGGAACGCAACCCAUGUCUGCACACGUGCAUGGGUCACGAUUCGCCGCUUCUGCGCAUGCGCAUGACGUCAUUUUGAGCGUCUGCGUGAGCGGCGAAACCUGGAAGUAACCCGUUCUGUUACUUCCAGAUCACCGCGGGAUGCAAACUGAAAAGAUUUAACCUGAAGCGUCUUUAACCCGAGGUAUGACUGUAUGUAAGCAUAUGCUCUCAUCGGUGAAUUAUCUAUGAUUUUUCAGGAGUGCAUGGCCAUAAAAGUUCAAAUUCAACUGUACUGGUAAAACUUCAGUGUCACCUUGACAUUGUCUGUGUUCAGUCAUAAAUUCCAACCACACCUUGAUAAAUGAACCCCAGGAUCAAAUCUGGGUUGCAGUGCUAGUCAAACGUUGAUUCAGAUGUAAUGAACGUCCAAUGAAACUGGCCCUGGCAGUUUUAUUCACCAUAGUGAAUUGCUGUUGGGUGAGCAUGAUGAGCAAGACUUCUUCACAUACUUGAAGCGCUGCAGAUAGAGAGGUGGGUGGGGAUUGUCUGGCAGGUUUCUGGUCAUCCUGCUUCCUUCCUAUGUCCAUGUUUGGGUGUUUGGCAACUACAUGGCAAAGUGUCCAGAGCCCCACUGAUUCCAUUUUCUACUCUGGAGCAAGAGAGGGAGGGAUGCUUUUGCUGCUGUGCAGAGAUACAGGACACAUGCAGAACAGUAGCCCAGGUCAAGCUUGGCUCGAUGUUUUCAAGCAGGAAAAAGGGGGUGCAGAGGUCUUCUUUGCAGCUGCUGUUGGUAUAGGGCCAACAAUCUGGCAACAGUUUUUGGCUUGGUUACAAAUUCCAGUCAAAAAAUUGUGGACUUUGGAAGAAGCUCAGACAUAAAGUCAAACAUGGGUACCUCUGACUUACCUUAUUUUAGCUGAAUUGAAGAACUAUAGUUGCAAACUGGAAUUGAAAUCCAUGUGUUGAAGUGGGUUUGAAAAACAUGGUUGGUUUGGCAUAAUGUCGAAUUGACAAAUUGCAGUUGAGGCAAAUUUUCUACUCCGAAAAACUGCUUCAUUGUGGAGAUGGGAAGGCAGAAAAAGCAGACAAGCACAGUAAACAUGAUUAGACCAAUGGUUUAUCAACUUAUACCAUAGUUUGUUCUAAAUUGUGGUUAGCAUGAAGCAACACUCUUCCCAGGGAUGUUUGCCUGGCACCUUCAUUACAGGCACCAGGCAAAAACAGUUUUCUAUAACCAGGCUUUUGGCUGAUUAAACAUUCUAUAGCCUUUUAAAUGUGUUUUUGGGAGGGGGUUUUGGUUUGUUUUUGUCUUGUGUAUUCUGUGUUCUCAUGUCAUAUUUUUAUGUUGUGAACCACCCUGUGAUCUUCGGAUGAAGAGUGAUGUACAAAUUAAAUAAAUGUCUGUCUGACUGUCUUGCUGGUCUGGAGCUAUACCAAAACAAGUUCUUUCUAAAAAUAAAAUGUGUGUGUGUGCAUGCAUGUGUAUGCAUUCAAGCACACACAAACAUAUAGUGGGGAUACUCAACACCAUGGUUUGUGCAAAAGUGUUUCCCUUUGACAUGAGGGAUAAACAUUCCUUUUCAAGCAGGCUUUGGGCUGGUUAACUUCCUAUAUAUACACUUUUAAAUCUGUUUUUGUGGGUGUUUUCUGUUUGUUUUUAUUAUGUAUUUUGUGUUUUCAUAUUGUAUUUUGAUUUUGUGAACCUCCCUGAGAUCUACAAAUGGGCAGUAUACAAAUUUAACAAUAAGAAUAAUAAAAUGUUUUGCCCUGCAAUUACUUCUGGAAGGCCUUAGACACUUGGUCUUCAUGCUGUCAUGCUGAGCUAAGUCCAGGAUUGUGACUUUUGUCUUAAAUGAAGCAAUCGUGUUGUGGAACUGGGGAUUGCUAACCAACUGCUGCUCAGUUCUUCACCUCCAAAUUUGUGAGGGAGGCUGUCGUUUGCUACAUCUGCUAUUAAGCAGUGAAGCAUUCAUUGUAAUGAGUGAAAAUGUGAAAGCAUAGGUGUAGGGCACAUGUGUCACAUGCUGAAGGCCUAGGUUUGAUCCCCAACUUCUUCAUUUAUAAACAAAACCUUGGCUAGUAGGUUCUCCAAAGGACCUUUGCUUUCAAAUUAUUAAACCAUUCCGAGGGAAUUUGCAUUCGCAUGCUUGAUAACAAUGUUGCAGGCAAUAUUCUGUCCUGAUAAAAAGUAGUGGCUUGUGCAAUUCCGUUGUCUUACAGAGCAAGCAUGUGCAGAUGUCGGGGUUGAGAGAGCCAACUUGUGUGUGUUUGUUUGUUUGUUUGUUUUUGUUUACUAGAACUCUUUCAAGAUUCACCAAUCCAGAGUGCAAAAUGAUGGGUUUGGAGUCAGAUACCAAAUGGUGACCCAAGGGACAGAGUUCGUUAUCCAUGCCAUGCCAUGAGCUAUAUACAGUGUUGUCGCAUCACAUGCGCAUUUAACUUGCGCUGAAUCAAUUACAUGUGCUCAACUCCAGCUUGUAGCUUUCAGUAUUUUGUUUCUCUCCAGGGGGCCCCAGUGCCAGCUCCCUUGGCUGCGGCAACCAGCAGGGAAGUUGUGGUGUGGGAGAGACAAAGGUGGAAGGGAGGAGGAGGAGGAGGAGGGUGGCGGCGGCAGCAGAGAGAGAUGCAGGCUAAAGAAAAAGGCUAGAAUGGAUGGAGCUGGCACUUCUGUCUGCAUCCCUGUCUCCUCCCUUCCACCUUUGUCUCUCCUCCUCCUCCACUGCAACCAUUGCCCAGAAGGCUGCCACCGCCACCAAAGCUGAUCACCCCACUGUCAUGGUCAUCAGUAAGGGAACUGGGUUGCUGCUCCUGACUCUCACUGCAAUACCCCAAAGAGGCGGGAAAGCAGUAUGCAACUGCCAUGUGUGGAGGAGUGAAGGAGAGGUAAUGGAGACACUGAGAGGGCUUCUGUGUGGGACUUCAUCCUGCCACCCUUCCCGCCAGAAAGCAACCAGGUAAAUUUUGGCUAUACAGUAUGUGAAUUUGUGUACAGUGGUACCUCGGGGUAAGUACUUAAUUCGUUCCGGAGGUCCGUACUUAACCUGAAACUGUUCUUGACCUGAAGACCACUUGAGCUAACGGGGCCUCCUGCUGCUGCCGCGCCGCCGGAGCACAAUUUCUCAUCGUGAAGCAAAGUUCUUAACCUGAAGCACUAUUUCUGAGUUACUGCUGCACACUAUUAUCAGUUGACAUGCAAAAAUACGUACAAAUUUACUACAGAUCAGCAGGGAUCCUAACAGCCUAAUACGAAAGAAGAAAGAAGAGGACUUUUGUUGUUGCUGUUGUUAAACAGUUAUGAGUUGGAAAGUCUUUCAAGUCAUCUACCGACCCACUAGUAGAUUCUGAUUUGUCUUUUGCCCAUUCAUUUUUAGAAGUUGGAAUUGGGGGUCAUAUUUAUAAUGGGUUUGGCAUGACUUAUAUUGAUCACUGAGCCCACUAAUGUCAUUGCAGCUUUGCAAAUUGAAUGCAGUGUUCACUAAUACCAGCCCACCUUUUACUGCAUAAUUUGGUGGGUGUUGGGCACAUUCCUUAAGCAAUCCGAUCACUCUCUGUCAAAGGAGUUUUCCCAUUUGCCAAAGCAAAUUCAUUUGGAUAUUUUAAAAUCUCAGUACUGUAAACAGCUCACUGAACUGACUGUCAAUGUUAAACAUUCACUGAUAAAAUACCUGAGCAGAUUUACUAUUAUGCCCUGCACCUGAGUUACAUUUGAAGAUCAUUCAGAAAUAUCAGCUGAUCCAGAAUAUGGAACACCAGUUAUUAACUGGUCCUGGCCAAAAAGAGAAAACUACACUGAUGUAAUAAGAGUCCCACUGAUUAAUAGGUUUUCAGAUGCAAUUCAGUUGCACUGUUUUUUUUAAAAAAAGUAUAUGUUGUUUUUCAGACUCAAAAAAAUCACAAUACAAUAGAAAUAUAAAUUACUAAAUGCAACAACAAUAAUAGAUAAAACAUACAGCAUUAAAAUCCAUUUAAAUGUAACAACAGUGGAGAUGACAAUUAACAAUGACUGUAGUGGGCAAAAGCCUGCUAGAAUAAAAAGACUUUUACCAGCCAGUGAAAGAAAGAGGGGAGUUUGGAGUUCCUGAAAAUAAAAACUGCAUCACUGAACGGAUCAUAACAAAGGAUUCAAAUUAAGCCCCCAUCCCCCAUCAUCUUAGAUUGCGGGGGGGGGGGGGGACAGGCCAAGAGUGUGCCUUGCAGUGUGGGUGGGUCUUUGAGUUGAGAGAGGCUGUGGAGGUAGUUUAUUAAGGUUGAGAAGCUCCUUACAGCUACAAUUUUGAGAACCCUUACAAGCUACAGUUCCAAGGAUUUUUUUUGGGGGGGGGGAUGUUGAUGGUUAAAGUGAUAUAAGACAGCUUUGAGUAUAUUGUGUGGAUGUCACUUGUGUGUUCUGGAUCAUACAUUCAUGCAAACACACUUGUGUACACUUGUACUUGACUGAUACAUGUAAUAAUAUAUCUUUAGUUUAGAGACAUGGUACCCCAAAGGGAGAUUACCCUUCAAGUCAUAAUAUAUAUAGAGAGAGAGGAAGUCAACAACAAACCAGAAUUCAGAAUUUUAAAAAUGUAGAAUUUUAUUACAAGUUAAGACAUUGAUUAAUAUAAAAGUUGUUACAGAAUGAAAAAGGACUGGUUAAUCAAGUAGCAUUAAAGUCGGAUUGGCUGCUUAGUUGCAGCUAGGGCAGUUUGAGGUGGGAAAAGCCCCUGACCAAAUAAAAGGAGAGUUUAGCGAGAGGGAGAGAGAGAGAGAUAAGUAGAGCCCAACUGGUAUAAGAGGAGGAAUUAGAUAUCAUCAUUAUCAUUGUCAAUUUCAUUUAUAAAUCACUUCCCAUGGGGCAUGCCAAAGCAGUUUACAGAUAUAAAACAGUUGCCUAUCCAAAAACAAUAACAGCACAUACAUAAAAGCAAUUCAAAUUUAAUACAGAUACCAACUGUGAUAAAUUUUUUGAAGACUCCUUAAAAUAGGAAUGUCUUUAGCCGUUACAGCAACCUGUCUGAUAUGCAACGAGGGAAUUGAAAAGGGCAGGUGUCACCAUGACUAAAGGCCUGAUUCCAAUAUUGUGCGAAGUAGACUUCCUGAUAGGAUGAUAUCUGCAGGAUGCACUCUCCUGCAAAGUACAGAGAUUGGUUAGGUAUGUAGGGGAUGAGAUUAUCUUUUGGAGUAGUACACAUUGCUAGUGCCAGUGGGAAUAAACUUAAAGCGGAAGAAAAGAGCAGAGUUCAAAAGGAAAGGGAUGCUUCAACAAGGUCCUUCUAGAUGUGAGAGGAGGAGGUGGUGGGAGUGAGCCUGGAGUUCUUCAUUAGCACCAGACUAAUUAUUGUCCCUGGACUUACUGGAGCUGUGGAUGUCCAAGCUAUGCAAGUCCCUGAAUCUUGUGACCUUGUGAAACUUAAGCUUGAGUAUCACUGGGAGAGGAAGCACGUUCCAUAAAAUCUCCUAACUGAAGCAAGUUCAGAACAACAAACCAGAACAUGGAAAGGAAUAUCAAGGAGCAGGGAAGGAAAAGGGGACCAAGCUAGCUAAAUAAAGGAAAACGGUUGGAGCAGCCUGUCCGGUGAAGUAAUCCUCUUCCUAGACCCAUAGUACAGCCCAUGUGUCCAAAGCUCACCAUGAUGGGGGCUAGAGCAGCCUGAUCUGAACCAAACAGUUGAACUUCAAGACUGAACACUGAAACCUAGGUGGAAACCUAUUGCUUAAACAGGCCAGACUACACCUGGUGAGAAUUUCCUCUCAAGAUCCAGAAGUGAAAGGGUCUUGAUAGGUGACAAGGAGUUGCCAUGGGUGCAGAAUGGAUGCAAAAAAUGGUGGUAGUGAUUUACAGGUGACCUGUUAACUUCAACCAGGCUCUCUGGAGAAUCGAAUUAAAGGUGUGCUUUUGGAUAGCUUGAUUAAACUAUGUGUUAAUCAGCUAUGUGUUAAUCAAAACUAAGAUGAGGGAGACAUAUACAUGUCUGGAGCUACUGGUAUGCAUGCUUAAUGAGAACAUUUCAUUAGCUGAGGUCAGCAAAUACAAACUAAUUUAGAGCAUUGGAAAAGGUUUUUGUAUGGGUGCUUCUGGGAGAAGUUCUUCCUUUACUAGUUUUUCUCUGGAGCUAACUGAAGAAAUUUUAUGCUCUCAAAGUAGUGAAGGAAGCUUAGCUCUGAUACCAAAAUAAGUAUUGCAAAUACUUACAAAAAUAAGUAUUGCAUAUUUCUGAAUUUACCAAAAUGUCCAUUAGAAAAAACCCACCACACUUCCCCCCCUUCCUAUGGAUUCAUAAUUUCUGGAAAUGGUAAAUUUCUACCGAGGGUGUAGUUAUUCUUUAGAAUUAUUUGUUAUCGGAGUAAGCUGGGACACAAUUUCUGAAGGCACUGAAAAUGUGGUCUUGUGGGUGUAUGGGAGAGAGUCAAAGAGCAGGCUGAGUAGGGAGUUCUGGCAGUGGACAAUCAGUUCAUUAGAUGAACUGCAGCUUUCCUCAAGACCUAGGUUUAGUUUCCUCUACUGCUUGACUUCCCUUUUUUUCCAGAAAGAACUGUAAUUUGGCAAAUCAAAAGGUUUUCUACUUCCCUGCAGUAGAUUCUUGUUGCCAUGCAACAGUGUUACUUGGAGCACAAUAUGUUAAAUUGUUUGCUCUGCAUAUUCAUUUUAUUCCUCUAUAUACCUGUUGUAACAUCAGGGUUGAAUCCUUUUGUGCCUUCAGGUGGUAGAAGAGCUUUUUAUCCAGUGGAAGCCUCUGCUAAUGGAAGAGGAGGGGAUAAAGCUUUUGCCCACACCCCCCGGUUGCUCCAGAAGGUUGGAGGCAUUGUGGAAGAGAGCAGCGUGGAAGGUGGUGUAGGGAGCUACAGGGGAAACAGGGAAUCUGCAAAAACCACCUCCCCUCCAUUUCCAUUAGCUGAGAGAUCAAGGUUCUUCUGCAAACGGAAGAAUUGGACACAACACUUAAAUUUGUUAAAGAUUGGAUACAAAUUUAGAUCAUUUAACGUAUGUUAUAACCCUGGUUACAUAAAAAGUGACAUAGUCUUUAUUCUCCGAAGAUUGACACACCUGUAUUUCCAACCAUAUGAAAAAAAAUUGCUGAUUUAUUCUAGACUAUGGGUUGAAUCCUAACCAUAGCUGUCAACGUUUCCCUUUUUUACGGGAAAUUCCCUUAUUCCGAAUAGGAUUCCUCGCAAGAAAAGGGAAAAGUUGACAACUAUGAUCCUAACAAUCAUUAAGUGGAGUUUUACACAUAGAAUAGGUUGGAAUAGACUUUCCCACCCACUUAUUGGCAGUUCACUGUGCCCCUCUGAAAGUCUACUGAAUUUCAGGAACAACUUGCAAGAAAUGGUGUGGGGAUGCUCUUAAGGUUCAGAAACUGGUUUUCCUCCUAAGUCCCGUAUCAGACAAACUUACCACAAUUUGCUGCUCUUUUCUAGAGAAUCAUGGCAUUCAUUCAGCCUUGGCUGAAAUUUGAUGUCUUGUACCCCAGCUUGUGCUCAAAUGAGUUCUAUUACAAUCUCAGGAAAUGAAUAUACAUCUGAAACAAGGCAGAGAAUAGAGAAACCUGAACACCCAAGAAUGAUCCUUAUAGGGUAGGGGUGGGGAACAUCCAGCUUGUGGGCCUACUUAGGUUUCCCAGGCCUCUCAGUUUGGCUUACAAGACUAUGCCUACAUAUCAGCUACCUGACAUCAUGAUGUCAUAUGAUAUCAGGCACAGAGAUCUGUUGUUACCUUUGAUCUAAGCAUUAAGUCAGGAGUGAUGAAGCCUUCACCCUUCAGAUGUUGCUGAAUAUAAUUCCCAUAAUCCCCAGCAAGACUGGUCAAUAGCUAGGGAUUAUGGGAGUGGUACUACAGCAGUAUCUGGAGGGUUCCUCACGUCAGCACUAAGUUUUCCCACAGUGCUAAGUUAGGAGAUAUGGCUCUGCUGCUGGCUUUUAAAGAGCAAAGUUGUGCCUACUCCCAGUUUCAAAUUUGAAUUGUCUGAUGUCAUGUGAUUGACAGGUGGGUGGCCAGUUGUCGAUCCAGUCCUGAAAAGGCUGAAAAAGCUUCCUCAUCCUUUUACAGAAGCUUGCCUGUAAGAGCAGACAGUCGAGGGAUGGUUCAGAGCUGAGAAAAGAGUGUAGCUCACAAGGACUCCUUGGACAGCAGGAAAAGAUUAUUUUAUAUUGCCUCUUUACCUGAUGAUGCUAUCCUGAGUAUAUUUUUUUCUCCUCUUCACAUUGGGCUGCACCAGUGCUCUUUAAUGGGCUGUAACAAUAUUAAGGAUACUCUGUCGGUAGUCUCACAGAGAAAGCAGCUAGCAGCUAGUCUGAGAAAGUGAAUGCAAACUUAAAACAGCUUUUAAAAGUCAAAGCUGCUUUUUAACAUUUGAUCAAUAUUGUGUAGAUCACAGCUUCAGAGCUACUAAACUUCUAAAGCUUUUAACUUUGGUAAUUUGCUUUUUUUUUUUAACUUCUGUUUUGUGCCGUGCUAAAUCUACUCUUAAAUUUCUUUGCCUUGAGAGUUUGCAGCACCUGUUUCUCCUCGACUGGAUGAAACAGACAUUUGGGACUCAAUGCAUGACUGAUCGACUGCUUUUUUGAGGCUUAACUUUAAAAGCCAACUCCCCCCGUGUAAAGUUUUUUUAAAGGCAAUUUUUAAUCUAAAUAUUCAAAGGGCUUUUAAAAUAUGUAUAACUAUAGUUGGAUGAUGGAACAAGUUGCAGAGGAAAACUUGGAGAUUGUCAUUGACAGGUAAGAGGAUGUUGGCUGAAUAUUUAUCUGUCUUGGAUGGUUUAUAUACAACAUAUUGAGCAUGAAAUCUUGAAGUUCUGGAUAUUUUUGUUUCGAGUUUUCUGGCACAAGGUAUGGUUUUAAGGCAGUGGAUUGGAGAAAGGUGAAGGGAGAGGAUAUAUAGCUAGGCUAUAUCUUGCUUGCUCAUUUUUCCAUUCAUUAUUUUUAAGACUUUGUUUUUUAAUAGAUGCAUGUUGAUACAUGAUACAACAGAAGUAAUAAAACAAACUUGAGUGAGGGAAAAAGCAGCUAGCUGCCUUUUAAUUAAAUUCUACAUUUGUCUGGAAGAUCAUAGGGCAAUACCAGUCUGUCUUUAAUAAAUGUGCUUUGAUCUUAAAUGCCAGCCUUAUUGUUUUGGGCAGUAGUACUUUCCCAUUUUGGGGUGGAAACUUCAUAAUGGUAUUGAGAUGAGGAUCUAGCAGUUUCUCAGAAGAUUCCUCACAAUUUUUGGAAGACACGUUUAGGGCUGUGCCACUGUCUAAAGAUGCAUGCAUUAUAGCACUCUGCUAUAGAUAAAUGCUGAAGAAUCAUUCAUGCCAGUGUCUUUGAGAAAGGAGCAUGUAUUAUAGUUCUAGAACUGCACAUUCAUUUACCUUGGAACGAAGAUUCACUGUUGAGCCGUACCAUGUCUAUCAGUAGUAAUCCAAGAAGGGAUGUUUUGUUUCAGUUCCCAGGCAGUAGAAGAAUAGUCCUUAACCUAAGGUGCACCAUUGUAAUCAUAAUACUACCCAACAUAGGAGGUUGUACCUUUGAGUCUUUGUUGACAUGUUAAAGAAUCUUUCAGCUGACUCUAGGAUUACAUGCUUCUCUUACAAUUUGCUGUCCACAUGUCCUAGGACUGGCCUCUGUGCAUUUCCAACAUAAGUUUCUAUCUGUACAGAAAUGCUUGCUGCUUGCAAAGAGGGAUCUAUAUUCACCGAAGUAGGUUUGGCAGUCAGGUAUCUCUCUUACACCUGCAAUUCUGUGGUUUUUAUUUGCUUUUUCGUUUGCUGUAGGGCCAAACUAGAUUUGUGGUGUGUGGUUGCAUUUUGCAGAUCUGGGUUUUGUUUUGCUUUUUUUUGUUCUUGGGACACCAGGACACAAUAGCAAGAUCAUGGCACAGGGGAAGAGAUUACUAUUGCUGCCUCCCCAUACCUACAUAUCAUAAUCUCAGUCCUGAUUUAUCCUCCACAUGCCUGUUUAUUCCUAAUUUACCCCCCCCCAAAAAAAAAACCACACACACCCUGCCAUGAAAUCAUAGGCCUGCUCUGUAUCCACAGUGUGUUCUCUAAUUUAGCAAUGGGUUUUACUGUGUGGGGAAAAAAAUCAUGAAGAUCCAAUGAGCACUUGUGUCUUGGAUCAGUGUUUCUGUGGUGCUGAAAAGAAUGGGAACUCUUGAUUUUUACUGUGCAGUUUACCAAUGUAAGCUUUAAUCUAAUGGUGGGUUUUUUGUGUGACCCUAUGCAAAACCAUGUGGGACGCAGGUGGCCCUGUGGGUUAAACCACAGAGCCUAGGGCUUGCUGAUCAGAAGGUCAGUGGUUUGAAUCCCUGUGACGGGGUGAGCUCCCGUUGCUCGGUCCCUGCUCCUGCCAACCUAGCAGUUCGAAAGCAUGUUAAAGUGCAAGUAGAUAAAUAGGUACUGCUCUGGUGGGAAGGUAAACGGUGUUUCCGUGUGCUGCUCUGGUUCGCCAGAAGCGGCUUAGUCAUGCUGGUCACAUGACCCGGAAGCUGUACGCCGGCUGCCUUGGCCAAUAAAGCGAGAUGAUCAUUGUAACCCCAGAGUCGGUCACGACUGGACCUAAUGGUCAGGGGUCCCUUUACCUUUUACCUUUAUGCAAAACCAUGUACACUUCAGGAAAUCUGCUUUAACUCUGUUGCCUUCCGAAUGCCACAUGUGUGCAUGUGCAUGCCUGUUUCCCUCCCUAGUAUGUGUGGAAUCAGGGUAAGAAACAGCCCAGGGGUGUUGGUGCCCAUGGUACCCUCAGAAUUCCAAAUGAGGCCAAACCGUUGGUGGCCACAUAUCUCUCAGUCUAACCUACUUAAGAACAUGAGUACAUCAGACUGAAUGCCUACCUAGUCCAGCUUUCUGUUCCCACAGUUGCAAACCAGCACACAAGCAGGGCCAUGAGCACGGUAGCACUCUCAUCAUGUUCUCCGGUUGUUGUGGAUAAAGUGUUGGUGCUGAUGAACCAUGUAUGCUGCCCUGAGCUCCUUAGAGGAAAGUUGGACUGUAUAUAUAAUAAAUAAAAUAUAUGCUACUGUUGUGCAUAGCUAAGGUGUUUUGCUGGUCCUGUCCCCCCCUCCCAGCAUAACCCAUAAAAUAGCAUUUAUUUGUGCCAUGAUAAGCGAUCAGACGACUGAAAAUCUGCCAUUGGUUUUGGUAUUCUUUCAAAGGUAGGAAUGUAGUAUUGCAUAAUUCCAGUACUUAGCCAGUCAUAAAGCAUCAUUGCCUUUCCCCUGUAAAGUGGAGGAACAGUUUCAUGCUGCUUGCAUUCACUCAGUCACAUCUUGAACGUUUUUUAAAAUGCUAGAAGGCAUAAAACCUGUGAGCCCUGCCACAUUACUUACUGGUGAUGGUAUAUGCCCAACAUGAUGGAAGUCAUUGUGACAUGGGAAAACGCUUGCAUGCAGUCUUGGAAUUGCAACUCACCUGGAACUGUGCCCAUUAGUUUAAACCAGGGGUCAGCAAACCUCUUUAGUAGGGGGCCAGUCCACUGUCCCUCAGACUUUGUGGGGGGCCAGACUAUUUUUUUUUGGGGGGGGGAUGAACGAAUUCCUAUGCCCCACAAAUAAACCAAAGAUUCAUUUUAAAUAAAAGCACACAUUCUACUCAUGUAAAAACAUGCUGAUUCCCAGACUGUCUGCCGGCCGGAUUGAGAAGGCAAUUGGGCCAGAUCCAGCCCCCGGGACUUAGCUUGCCUACCCAUGGUUUAAAGUGUUAUGCUGGUACUGGUGGUGCUUACCACUCUUAUUUUCUUAUUUUAAUGGUGUUUAUUUUAAUGGUUAUAUUUUUGGAACCCACCCUUGGACCAUGGAGUGAAGGGUGGGCUAAGAGUACAAAUCAUAAUUUUUAAAAUAGAUCAGUUUGACUGCUUUGUGUCACAUGAACAUCCAUGGGUAAAUUUUGCCUAUUCUGUGGUCACAUGACUGUUGUGCUGUUCAGUGAUUUUUAUUUAUCCGUUUGGUACUAAAAUUGCUUUGAUUUUCAUAAAAUGUCUGGCAUAAACCAUCACAGCGCUAUUGGAAGUUUGUAUUAUGAGCUCUUAUUUGAUAACAUAUGCUAGUUUAGAAACAGCAUUGAUUUACAAUUUCACAGUUUGCUUGUCUCAAAAUAGACAAUAGUCUGUAAUUGCAUGUAGAUGUUUAUAUAUUCUUCUAAUGCAAUAUAUAUCAGUAAGCUCGUUUUAGUGCAAAAUCUCUCAGUUGAGAAGAAUCUUAAAAUUAAAGUGCCUUUUGUUUGAAGAAUAACUCUGAAUACAUUAUAACUAAUUUCACUGAGAUGUAAUUAGCAGUACUUGUGUCUUUAAUCUUGCAGCUGUACCAAAUGGCUGACAAGGCAGGUGCAUCUGAUCUUUCCACCUGUUCACAGAGCACCAAAAUAUAUAUGGAACUAUUUUUCCUAGCUUUUAAAAAAAUAAACUUCACUUCAGAUGAUUUUCUUGGCAGUAAACCUGUAGCCUGAAUAUUGUAAAAAUUGUCCAUAGUAGUUUGUAUCUAGUCUAAGUACUGAACAAGUAAUGCUGGCCAUUCUUUUAAAUGUAUUAUUUCAUACAGAGAUGUGCAUUUAUCAAACUUAUGGUUGGAACUUCUCAUCUAUGGUGACAUGAUGUGCAAGAACUGAUAUGCAGUUUUGGAGAGAAAAUUGUUGCUAUAACUGUUCUAGGGCUUGCAAGCCUGGCACUGUUCUCCCUGCCCCCGCCCCGAAAAAAACCCCUCAUUUGUGACUAAGGAACAAUAAGCUAUUUCUUUUUGCAGUUAGGUUCCCUUCAAAGCACUGCCAAUCCAACUUGUGUCUCUCCAAUUAAAUUCUAUUCUUUGUGCUGUAUUAGUUAAGUAAAGUUUUGUGGACCACUUUAUAGCAAGUGACUGCAUUUGGAUGGUGAUGAUCUGAACUGGGUCAAUAUGUCACAUGGAAAUAGGAAUAUGUACAGUUUGUGAAAUGCCUCAUGAUAGCAGAUGAGCCUGUUUGGAACAGCUUAAUUCCUUUAUGGGAUUCCCACUGUUUGUCCUUGUAGUACUGCUGCCUCAGCAACCAAAUCUGCAAUUAUUCAGUCUCAUGGCUUGGCGAAUAUGAUCUGCAACCUAGAAAUAAUAGUCACUUAUCAUCAAAAUAGAGAUUUGGAAAGUGCAAUAGGUAAAUGAAACUAUUUCUUACUUUGGGCUAAAUCAUAUAUUGCCUUCUAGGAAUACUCCUCUCAAAGUUGUAAGGCGAUUCUUCACUCUGGAGUUACUGCAAUAUGUUAAAUAUGAUGUAGUGCAAAUGCUGGUAACAAGAAACGCUUCACUGUGCUUCAGCAAUUGAUCAGAGACCUAAAAUUUCAAAAUACCCAUCUGCAGUAUCACUGACAAUAUGGAAUUUUUUCUUUGUGAUUAAUACUUCACUUUUCCAAACUUUUGGCAACAUAUUCCAUUGUCAGCAUCUACAGCAGGGAUGCUGGGUUUGGGGGGAGUUGUAUGAGAUAGAAUAUUCUAACCAAAAGUUUUAUGUAGUGAUCGUAGUUAUGUGGUGAUUGAUUUUAUGAGAUGUAAUUAUAUUUAUGUAAUUAUUAAUUUUACUUCUUACUUGUUUGUUGAAAGUUGCCUUGAAGCUUUGGCAUAGGUGAUGCACAAGUCUAAUAAAUAAUAUAAUAUUAAUUUCACAUUUAGCAUUUUCUGUUUUAGCAAGUUCAUGGCAGAACUGUGCUGGUGAAUGGAUUCUUGACAAAAUGGGUCAGACUUGGAGUGGCGAAUCUCACUCUCCCAGUCUCAGUAACCUAAGGAGCAGUGCCAAAAGUCUCUUGACUGGAGGGAAGGAGAGCAUCCUGGCUUCCUCUCAACCAGAGGUUUCUAUUACUGUCCUCUACCCAGCCAAAUUCCAUCUUAAAAUUAAUGCUCUGUGUUUUUCUGCCUCCAGCACUGACCGUUUGAGGUGUGUUUAGGGUAAUGUGUACUUUGUUCUUAACCUGUAAUUGUGAUGGAAUUUCUCAUGGCAUCUGUAAUUUGCGAUUUAAACCAUGAGAUAUUCAGAUGAAAUUGGCAAGAUUAGAACCUGACUUUCUAGAGGCACUCAGCAGCAAAUGCAGCUGGCAUCAUUUCUGUGGAACAUAGAAGGGCUUAAUCGGAUACAUGGAGCAUUGGCAGAAAAAAAAAUGAGUGUUUCGGAGUAUCAAUUUACGCCAGUAAUGCCUUAUUUGUGUAAUUGGCAUUAUGCUGCAUUGUUUAUUGUAAGCUGUUUGUGCUCCAUGAGAAAAUAAAAACUUGGUUUAAAAGCACACCAAAUUCUACAUCAUGCUAUGAUAGACCUGCUAUGAUGGAGUCUUGGCUGUUGCUAACUCACAUUCUCUCAGCAUGUACCCUGCAAAUAGCCUUUUAAACAGUUAUUUCUAAAGAUGCCUUAGGCUGCAGUUGUAUACCCUUCACCUACUACCUUUGAGUAAGCCACACUAAACUAAGUGAGGUUUACUUUGGAGUACACAAGACCUCAUGGCUAAUAGGCUUAACAUUUUAAGCUGGCAGUUGUAAUAGUUAGGCCUGCUAGGCCUGUGAUUACAAUGAGGAUUGCUGGAAUAACCCAGACCUUCCAAUAUUGGCAGCGGGGGGGGGGGGGGGGUUUUUCCUGAACUGUGUGAGUUUACAGUAAUUAGUUGUUAAACACUGAGGCGGCAUAGGAUAUUGGGAAUGUCAUGGCGGUUUAGAUGUAGAGGUAUAAGAAGAUGGGAUGCAUGCAGGAAGUAAAAUUGAUGAAGGGGAAAUAUGGAGAGAAGUAGGAAGUUGAGGCCCACAAGGAUUGGUAUUGAGGCGUGUGUUUUUUAACUUGUUCAUAAAUGAUCUAGAAUUAGGAGCAUGCAGUGAGGUGGUCAAGUUUGGUGACAAAGAUACUAAAUUGUUCAGAGUCAAUAAAAGGAAAAAGAGAUCAUGAAGAGCUCCAAAAAGACCUCUCCAAACUGAGUGAAUUGUUGGUAAAAUGGCGAAUGCAAUUCGUUCUGAAUUAGUGUAAAGUAAUGCAUGUUGGGACAAAAAGCAUUAAUUCCACAUAAAUACUCAUGGGGUCUGAACUGGAGGUGAACCUCCAGGAACCUUGGGGUCAUAGUAGAUUGUUCGAUGAAGAUGUCAACCCAGUGCAUGGUGACUGAAAAUAGCAGAUCUAUGCUAGGGAUCAUUAAGAAAUGGAUUGAAAAUAAAACUGCCAGGAACAUAAUGCCAUUAUAUAAAUCUGUGGUGCGGCCACAUGUGGAAUACUUUGUACAGUCCUGCUCGCAUCACCUCAAAAAGGAUAUUCUAGAGUUGUAAAAGUUUCAGAAAGAGCAACCAAAAUUAUCAAGGGGAUAAAGCAACUCCCCUAUGAAGAAAAGUUGUAACUUUGGGGAGUUUUCAAUUUAGAGAAAGGCAAGUAAGAGGCGGCAUGAUAGAAGUAUAGAGAAUUAUGUGCAGCUUGGAGAAAGUAGAUAGAAAAAGUUUUUCUCCCUCUCUCAUAACACUAGAUCAGGGGUAGGCAACCCGCGGCUCCGGAGCCGCAUGUGGCUCUUUUACACCUUUGCCGCGGCUCUGGGGCGGAUACUAGCGAGGGGAGGAGGCGCAUUGUGCGCCCCGACACUCCCCACUGUGGCGGGCACUGUACUGGCUGUGACGUCGCAUGGGGGCGGUGCGUGCGUUAGUCACGCACCGCCCCGACGUCACCUUCCCGCCCGCCUGCUACAUUGUAAGGGGCAUGUACGCUGGUCACUGCAUUGAAAGGGGGCAUGUACGCUGGUCACUGUUUUGAAGGGGAGUGAAGAACACACACACACAAAAAGGUAACUUGUUAAUUUAACGUUUAUUUCUAUGAGGAGGAGUAAUUCUGAGGGGUCAAACAAAGAAAUAAUAAAAAAGUGACAAAAAAGUUAUUUUUAUAAUGACGAGUUUUGCGGUUCCCAGUUUUUUUUUCUUCGGAAACGGGUCCAAGUGGCUCUUUUUGUCUUAAAGGUUGCAGACCCCUGCACUAGAUCUUUUGGACACCCUAUGAAGCAGAGUGUUAGAAGAUUCAGGGUGGAUAAAAGAAAGUGCUUCUUCAUAGCUAAACUAUAGAACUGACUCCCAUAAAAAAUGAUGGGCCAGACUGAGUGAAGUCUUCCAGUGUGUGAGCUAGUGUAACUGGAGAAUUGUCAGAGAGUAGGCCCUACUGAGUAGGGCAUAGUGUAUGUGUGGAUGUGAUUUUUAAGUGCAUUUGGAACACCCAAGAAUAUGUUUUGAAACUAGUGCUGUUCACAUUUGUCAUAUCUUUCCUUUGUUGGUUUAUUGUAGAGUUGGAAGGGUCCCCGAGGGUUAAUGCAUUUUCUUGAAACCAAUAUGUCUCUUUGAAUAGGAUAGAUAUUGUUUGUCACUUUAAAAGUGAUUUUCAAAUUCUCUGUCUUCCACUUCCAGGGAAUCCUGUCCUUCUCUUGUCAUUUGUCACAGAACCCCAGCAUUUUGCAAACAGUUUUGGGUUUCAUGCUUUGAGGCGGGCUAUGCUGAAGUCAGUCUUGCAUAGUCUAAAAUAGGGAAAUCUCCAUGAUCCAUAAGAAUGCAUACCCGGGGCCACUUAACACAGAUUAGUUAUGCUUUAACAAUUAAGUGGGCCUGAUAGGAAUCUCUUGAGCUGGACAGGAUAGCUGGAUGUACAUGUACGUUCAGUGAAAUGUUUCAACAAACAGACAUGCACACUAUACAAUUGGUUGUAUCUUUUCAGCCAUUUUUAUCUACAUUGUAGGGAAUGUUUAGUAGCAGUGGACAAGCCUGUCUUCAGAAAAGCCUUUCUGCCAGUAUUGAUUGAGUCAUAGAUGAUUCCCUGAUAAGCUUCCAAAGAACUCCAGGAUUCACCAGUUCCAACUUGAAAACUACUUACAUAAACAAAUGUGAGCAAGGUCAUAGAAACAUAGCAUUGUAGAUUUGGAAGGUAUCCCCCUUCUAGUCAUCUAGUCCAACCCCCUGCAAUGCAGGAAUCUCAACUAAAGCAUCUAUGACAGAUGGCCACCCAACUUCUGCUUAAAAACCUCCUCCACCUUCUGUGGGAGUCCAUUUUUGUCUUAGAAGGUUACUGCCGUUAACAGCAUCUGAAGUGAUAAAAUACUUCCUGUUCAAGUCCGCAUGGAAAUAAUUGAAUGGUAAUCCCUCUAAAAGAAUAUUGGCCAUAUGCCACACUAGUGGAGUGAGUCAGUAGUACGGUCUUUACUAGCAUUGCCAAUUAUAUAUAGGUCAGUGGUAGAUGAUGUAUAGGUUAUUUCCUGUGGUCAUGAAGCAGAGAGUUUGUCAUUAAAGUGUGUGAAUUUUUGAAAUAACGCUGCUCAUCUAAAGGAUGCAUACAAUCGAAUGCUUGGACUGUAACAUGGAUUGCUAAAACAUGUACAGUACCUUGAAACUAUUGGCUCAAUUUAUAGGAAUGUGCCUCAUGUUUGGCUGCUUCUCCCCUUUUGCGCUCUGUUUCUUUCCUGUACUUCCUGCCCUGCAGUUUUUUUUUUGUUUUGUUUUUUGGCAUCAUAGCCUUUGGGGGCUAAUCUAGGCUUCUAAGUGCUGUUUGUCAGAUCUAGCUGGGAUAUUUUUGACGGUAUGCUAGUUGUAUGUUCUUUAGGUGAAUUGGAUAUCUUGGUUGUUUUAAGUUCAGGUAGCUAGCUGUGUUGGUCUGACGCCAUCAAAAUAAAAAAGUAAAAAAUUGUCCAGUCGCACCUUAUAGCCCAACCAAGCUUAUACCAGAACAAACUUAGUUUGUCUAUAAGGUGCUACUGGAUAAUUUUUUACUUUUUUAUUUUUAUUUGGUUGUUUUAAAUAUGUUGUAUUUUAUGCAUUUAUAUUUUAUAUUGUUGUAAACUGCUACAAAUAUUUUCUAUAAAUAAUUAAAAAUAAAAAUACUUAGCUCUGAUGUCUAAACUCCACAAAUUCUGUUUACUGCUAACUAUAGAUUUCCUCAAAAUGGAUUUCUAGUUCUGGUUUGGGUGGUACCCUGUGUACUAACUGUGGUUAGUGGGAGCAUAUUUCUGAUGGCCAAAGCAUGGUUUGACUGACUUCUUGACUGAGCUGUUGAGGCUUGCUUAUCAUAACAAUAAUUCUAUAUUUGGUGUUGUCUAAAAAUUUAGAUGCAUUUUGAACAACUUUCUGUGGCAUAAGGGCAUUGGGAUACUGUGCUGGUUUGGAACUUAGAGAUAUGUGCCAUAGCAAUUAAAUGAAACUUCACAAUAGAAAAGGCACAGACGGUGCCAUUAUGAGAUUUGACAUUUCAAGAGCUGAUUUUAAAUGUGUUCAUCUGUAUGCACACAUUGAAUAACUACUGCUUUUUAUCUAGCCCUGGAAUGAUAGAAAUGAGAGCUCAAUUUAUGAAAAGUCAGUAUGAGCAGAAGACCUGAUUGCAUUAGCUUUAAGAAGCAGUGAACGUUUUAAGAUUUUAAAAUACCCUUACUGCUUAAUUGUAUCCCAACUUUUUCUCCAAAGUGCACAAAGUGGUGUGCAUGGUUCUGCCCCUCUUCAUUUAAUCCCCCAAACAACCCUGUGAGGUAGGUUAGGCUGAGAGGCAGUGACUGGCCCAAGGUCACCCAGUGAUCUUUAUGGCUGAGUUGGGAUUUGAAACAUAGUCUCUCAGGUACUAGUCUUAUCUGCUGUACUACACUGCCUCUAUUACUACUGUAUAAUAAGUACAGUACAGACAUAUGUCUGAAUGUUUCCUGUCUCCUGAAUCGUGGUUGGGUUGUAGUAAAAUUUGUCUUGGGUGUGCUGUGGAUUUAACUUCUACACGGGAGGCAAUGUCCUGCAGUCUCAUUAUGUGAACGAAGGGAGUGAACCUUCCUCCCUCAAUCUCAACCAAUGGGAGAGUUCCUAUGAGGAAAAGUGUUCACUUAAGCCGCAACCAUUUCGCGCUUGUCCAGUUGACACAAGACAGCCAAUGUGUGGGUCUUUUGGGACACGGGAGAGGGCGGGACAGGCUUAUGCAUUCUCCACUGACAUGUGCGGACUCCAGGAAUGGAACCCCUGUGCAAAAUGGUCGUCAUCUGUAUGCAGAAUUCAGGCACCUUGUAGAUAAUAACAUCAAUUUGUACCGUUUUUUAAAUAGAUGAAAACGGUUGAUAUGUUGUGUGGAACACUUCCAGUCACCAUUAUUUUUUACUAUUUAUGUGUAGUGAUUUAUAGCCCACCUUUCUUAAAUUAUGGAACAUAAGGCUCCCCAGCACCUGUUUGACCUUCAUUAAGGGUGUACUAGGCAUGUGUACUAGGACUACUGUUUCUUACUGGAGUGUCAUCAAAAUAUUCAUUAGCAGAUGCUGUGCUAAUAAUAAUGACACUAAAGAUAUGGAAUGCAGAUUGAGAGACUUGCCUUAUCCCUUACAUACCCAGUAAGUUAAUGUGGUCUGGGAGAGCAGCUUCUUCAAGUUCUGAAGAUCUCAGAAGCUUCCUCCACAGUAGGGCUGGGCAAUAUAUCGGAAUAUCAUCCAAAGUGGUUGGACGUCUAUAUUGUGAUAUCAGUUUCAUAAUUUUUGACCUGGCAAUAUAUCGCAAAUCAUGAUGUGUGUGUGUGAGCUAUGCAAAAAUCACAGUGGGAAAAACCAUGAAGCCAGCCAAUGUUUCUCUUGAUUCCUGUAGCCCCUAUUAACUCUGCCAGCUCACCUCUCCUCUGCCUCCUGCAAGUGGGAGUGAAUCACAAGAGCAGGGGCUGGCAAAAAUCACAACGGCGGGAGGGGAACAGUGAAGUCAGCCAGUGUCUCUACAUAGCCCCUUUAUAUCUCAGACAUCGUGAUAUAUUGGCGUAUCACGUUGUUUAACUGGUGGUAUAUCAUGAUGUUGAAAACCAGAUACUGCCCAGCCCUAGCUGAAGGGUGGUCUUUCAGUUUUUGAAAUAAAAUAAAAACAUACCCAAAUGGUUUGACACUACUUAAGCAAAAUUAUUUCCCCUAUAGCCAGCAAGAGGAUAGAGAGCUACAGUAAAGGCACUUUUGACUGGCUUUUAGUUGAAUCAAGUAAUACUCGCUAAAAGGUGGUGCUAGCCAUUGUGGGCUUUUUUUCCUUUUAGCUGUCAAGAUACUGGGAGGAGUUUCAAGGCUAGCGCCUGCCGUCUACUAUGUUUUGCAGUCUUCACUGAAUAUUUUGCAUCUGUUUUUAAGGCAUUCCCCCCUGCCUCCUUGUUUGUACUGAUUCUCACUUCACAAUUUGUGCAAAGCUUUUCAGAACAUAGCAUUAAUUAACAAUAUGAAUAGUGGUUCUUCAGUGCAAGAGACGAAACUGUUUUCCUUUAAAAUAUCUGGUGAAUGCUAAAACAAACAAACAAACAAAAAACCCUGCAGAUGAUUAGCAAACAGGUUAAGAAAUGCCACCUAGUCUACAAUUAUUUAUUAUUUAGCAAAUAGAACUUUUUAGAAAGCUUAAGAGCACUUGCUGAUUGAUACAGCAUUCUUGUUCCCCAAGGGCUGUUCUACACAAGUGAUUUAUAACACUUAGGUAGGUGGCAUGCAUACUCCAUACAUUAUUCUAUUUGUAUAUGAAGAAAGAAAAAAAAAAUCCACCAGUAAGUCUUAAAUUACUUCUACGGUUCUUGUAGAAGAGUAACAAUUGUGCUUAAGUACUUGAAAACAACACAUACACCUCUUGUAAAGUGAUCUGCUACAAUGGUAAACUGUUUCAAUGCUAUCUCUAAAAGUUUGCCUGUCUAUAGUGUGUAACUAACCCCUUGUUUGGGGGUGGGGGAAUCUAGAUUACUAUCUACUCGUUCAAGAACUAAGGGUUGUAUCCAGCUUGCACAAUAGACUUUUCAUUCCUCUCCUCUUCUCUGCAACCCUCUGUGUACCCUCAAAAUCUGCACCAGAGACAAGAAUACAUUUUCCCUCCAUAUAUUCUAUAUGUGUAUACUGAGCAGUUGUGACUGUGAGAGGAAUUAAGUCAUUUCUCAAAAAUUGCUCCAUGUAAAUUAGUUAUGGCAGAGUUCUGACAGAGACUGCAUAGACUUAAUGCAGGAACGGUAAUGCUGCUCUAACAUGGUAGGUACAGUCGUACCUUGGGUCUUGAACAGAAUCCAUUCCGGAUGUCUGUUCGACUUCCAAAAAUGUUCAAAAACCAAGGUGCCACUUCCAAUUGGCUCCAGGAGCUUCCUGCACUCAAUUAGAAGCCGCGGAAGCUGCAUUGGACGUUCAGCUUCCAAAAAAUGUUCGAAAACAGCAACACACACUUCCAGGUUUGUGGUGUUCGGGAGGCUAAAUGUUCGAGUAACAAGGUGUUCCAGAACCAAGGUACAACUGUAUCUUGUAAGCUUUUCUGUACAGCUUGCUCAAAGUUUGUUACAAGAAAGUGAAAGGCAAGACUGCAUACACUGAGAUGUGGUUUAAUGCAUCACAAUUCCAGGUUGCCUUAGAAUACCAGCUGGUAUUCCCAGAAUAGGAUUGGUUGUCUAAUAUGUAUCCUGCUUAUUCUGCAGCAUGUUCCCAUCAUGAACAUCAUGAAGUAGCACAUGCUUAGCAAGCACGUAUUUACUUGUUUGCCAUAAGCUUGCCUUCAAGCAUUAGUGUUCAGCAUUGGAAUAUGUAGUGAGCAUUCAUUGUAUUGUGAAGCUGUCCUUUGAUAGUAGGCGAGUGCCAGAACCUUUACAGCUGAAAAUGAAUCUGUUAGAUGCUUCUUUUUAACAUAUACAGGGAUGUCCAACAGGUUGACUGCAGCUAGCGGCUCAAUUAAUUUCCUCCGUGGGGGGAAGCAUCCGGCCCUGGCCCUCACUCGCUCCCCUAAAAAAACAAACAACAAUUUUGGUGUCCCCCCCCCAAAAAUGGGUAGAUCACUGCCAGCUUUUUAUUGUGGGAGUAGAUCGCAGUCUCUCGGGAGUUGAACGUCCCUGACAUAUAGUAAUAAAAUUUCCUGCACUAUUAAUAGUUUAAUUCAUAAGCAUUUUUAAAUGCUAAAAGUAAAACUAAAAAUAGCAUACUUGAUGGAUUGCAUAUUGUGCAUAUUGUGCUCAUAUUCAGACACCCAUGCAAGUUUUGAUGUCACAAAAAAUGAGUACUUGCCUCAAGUAGCUGUCAUGUGCUAUGAUGACCCCUUGCUUCCUUGCAGCCUAAGGACAUCUAGUGAUCAAAGAGGGCAGACAGUUCUGCCCAAGACUAGGCCAGUCUUCCAAAACUUUGUGCUCUGUAUUUGGCUUGGGUUGAUGGGAGUUUGUUUAUUUUAAAGCAUUUCUAGGUGGGGCCUGCUAAAAGUGGCUUACAGCAAUAAAAUGCAACAUACAGAAAAACAUGACUCUACAAAAGAAAUAGAAUUGCCCCCCAACCCCCCAGAAAAUCCAGUAGAACAGCAGAGAAUAGCCAUAGUCCGAACAACAAAACAUCGCUUAUGGAAGGCAAGUAAGAAAAAAGUUCUUCCAAAAUCCUUGAAGCCAGGGCAUUUGAUUGCUUUUCUACUGAGAGGGACUUCCAGUGUCACAGGGUCCCCAUGUAAAAGGGCCCUCACCCUUAUGUCCAGUAAGAUCCUGCCAGGUGGUCUGAUCAUCUCACCGGCAGUGUCUGCAUUUUGGACCAACUGCAGUUGCAUUCUAAAGCAGCUGAAGUUUCAAUAAAAUCAUUCCAUCAAAGAAAAACAACAAAAAUUUCAACAGCAAGGACAUUCUUAUCAAGUAGGCCAUUAACCAGCUUGUCAUAUUCCCAGCAAAUGCCUGGGAUAAAAGAUGAGUUUUAUUUUUGUGCUAAAAGGAGGUUAAUGAUGACCUCCUUUUAGACCUCACUAAGGAGAAUUCCACAGCUAGGGAGUCCCAACGCAAAAGGCUUUGCUCUUGGUGAACCUCCCUCACAUGGAGAAUGCCCUCAGAUGAAGGGUCCGGAUAGGUUCGUAUUGGGAGAGGCAGUCAGAUAUAUAUUGUGUAUUUUAAUUUUUUGCGGAUCGAGUUACAUUCAGUAGGACUGUUUCGGUGUAAUCUCCCAUAUGAAGGAGCGAUGUGGAAUGAUUCCUUUGGAGAAAUACCAUGAUUAAACAGCUGAGGAAUGAUUUUGCAGGAGUAGGACCUGUCUGUGCUGCUCUAUUUUUUAAGGUAUUUUUAACCUGCCCUUAAACAGAAUUGCUGGGAUGGAUGCAUUGUGCUCAUCGAUCUUUUCUGCACAACCUGUGAAAUCUUCCAUGCCGAUUUUCUGCUUGUAUUCCUUCAUAACACUUUAUGCAGAAGAAAAUGCCCUUGCCUGAAUGCCUGUGAUAGUUACUUUGUAGUAGCUUGGUAAGAGUUUCUCCAGUUGAGUCCUGCAUACACUUCACUGUUACCUACUACAUUUAGAGAAUGAGUUCAGGAAGGAAAAGAAUUAUAGCAUAUGGCUAAGAUUUCAGUGGCAUGUUUAUUUUAGGGACCAGUUACAUUCUUGCAAGACUACUCUCUGACUUAAUUAGAAAUUGGGACAUUACUUUCAAGCUUCUAGUCUAGUUGAGCACUCAAAAGUCUUGAGAAAUACCCAUUGCGGGGGGUUAUACAUUUUACUAUGAGAAUUUUAAGAUUGUCUGACAAAGAGCAGCAAACCAUGAAACUGGCAGAUAUACCCUUGGCUGUGCUCCAGCUGCCUGUAGCAAUGUAAGUACACACCAUAGCUCUUGCUUGUGAUAAAACGUACAGAAAUUCGGCUUCUGAAAGAUAAUACAAACUUUUAAAUUAAUUUAAAUUGUUGUUGAAAAGAGGUUGAUCUCUUUCUGAUAACAAGAAAUUAAUUGUUGCACGUAGUUUUUUAUAUGCAGCAAACUAUUUUUAGCACGAAUAGCUUGAGCACUACAAAACAAUUAACAAAAUAAGAAUUAAAGGUACAUUUGGAAGAUGUUCCUGCAUAUGUGACUUUCUGACAGACAUAAGGGAGUGACUGAUAUCCCACAUGAAGCGUUUUCUCUGAGUACUUGUAAGAUAGUUAUAUUUAUCCUUUUGAACCUUUUAGGAUUAAUGGUGAAAGUCAUUCUUUACUGAACAGUACUUGAACUGCUCAGGUACUACUUGUUUUCUUAUUAUUAGGAUAAACAGAAAGGUUGAUCUGGUUUCUCCUUGCAUCAUAGAUAAAAUGUUUUUAAACAAAAAACAAAAAUGGGCUGUGUGCCAAGAAAAGGUUUUUGUACCAAUAUAAUUUUGUAUCUUAGUUGCUUAAAGCAUGCUGUUUUCCAAAAACAUUUUAAAAGGGGAAAAUGAGUCAUUACUGGUUUUCCAAACAAAGUUAGUGUUUAAGAUUGAACAGUUACUAUCUCAGUAAUGCCAUUUAUAACUAAAUCCAAAUAAAUCUUACAUUUAACUAGCAUAGUAAAUUAUUUUGUUAGGAAAACAAAUCUUCAGUUUAUAUAACAGUAGCAUAAUCUAGAGGAAAAACUGCAACUGAAAAGGCAAAGAAAAAGCGACUUUGAAUUGAUUUACCUUUUAAUAGAUAAAGUUUGUUCACUGUAAAUCAUGGGUGGCAUUCUACUAAAGUUUAGAGUAGACCUGUUGAAAAUAAUGGGCCUAACCCAGCUCAUUAAUUCCUGUGGUUCUACUCUGAGUAAAACUUAAUUGAAAACUAGCUCAUGGUUCCACAACACAUUUAAAAGGGUAUCGGAUGUUAAUCAACCCAAGACCUGAUUUCCCUCCCAUCCAGCAGGGUAAUGAAUGAGUAGGUCUGAUAUGUAUAAAAAUAUAUAUAAUGUGUAUAAAAAAGGAUUCAGAGCAGGAGUUAGGGGGGAGGCUCCAACAAACAAUGCAUACCAGUAAAAUACUGCAUUUUCUCCAGUACCUCAUUUUGAUACACUGUGCAUUGAAACCUCUCAGUUAUUGUGCUUGCACAUUUUGAUUUAGUUCUCAAACUGCAAUUCCCUCUGGAAAAACUAGUUAAGUAUUCUUGUCUUGUCUAGCUAGGCUUCAUGUUGUCUAUUGGUGACGGUGCAAAUACUCUGGGGUUAUUGAUUUGGUUUUUUCCGUUUAUAGCAUGAAGAGACUAAAUACCUUUGCAAUAAAUAACACAGCUGACAUACAUUGGUGUACUCUAGAAACAGCCUUAACUAAAAUAACUUCUACUUUGUACCAAGUAUAGACAGGGGUAUAAAGUCUGAGUAAGGCAAGUGGCAUGAUCUGUGUUUUGCAUCCAAUAUCUGCAUCAGAAUUGUGAUGGAGAUAUCACUAACAUGCCCCUAAAUGCUUUACCACUGAGUAUCUGCUUAAGAUCUUAAAUGCCAGAAAAGCUAACCUAGUCAACAUGGUGAGCUCUUUGGUCAGGAACCAGCAUUUAACAUUGGAAUGCAGUUAGCACUUAACACUAGAAAAUAACUAUGGUUUAACACAGAUUAGUAGCAUGCUGGUACCCACUGCUUAAAAGGCUUCUACAACAAACCACAAGCUCUAGCUGCUCGCUUAUUAGUGCAGCAGAGCUGCUACAUUUGUGUUGGUGGGUGAUCUGGACUAAUUCUGUGCAGGUUUAUUUCAGUAAGCCAGUUAAAUAUGAAGAGAUGACUGUCUUGCUGCAAGGCUGCUAUAUAAAACAGGUUAUAGUUUUCUAGGUAAUAUCCUAAAUCUUCAUAAAUAACCCCAAUCCAGGUUAACUGUGACCUCUUUUUCCUCCACCAACACUUUAGUUUAUACAUGCUGAAAUCCUGUACCCACUUAUCUGGGAAUAAGCCCCUUUGAGCACACUGGGAGCUACUUGUGAGUAGACCAUGUCUAGGAUUGUGCUGUAACAAAUGUUUAAAGAUAGAUUAACAUAGUUUGUGAUAGAGAACGGACUUCACUCUUGAUGUUCAUAACGCUCAUCUAUGCACUGACUCUACUGCUUGUGUUCUCUUAAACUAGCAGACUAUCUUCUCAUUUUUAUUCAACAACCAUGACCUGAGAAUGUUUUAGGACUGUGCAAAUGGUCUGGUUUCAGUGUACUUUACUGAAGUACAUUGACUUUAACUUUUCCCAAGUCUUUGAGGAAAGGGCAUUGUACUCUGGGCAUUUCUGUUGGAUCUAGAAGUAGGGUUGUUGUAUCUAAAAAAAGAGCUAUCCAAAUAACAGCUGGGAAAGUAUGCGUCAAACACCACAAGCUAGUUUGUCUCACUCAUGAAGCAGAUGUCCUUGCAGUUUCUUUGAGGAUGAGCUAUGUAGUCAUUGUUUUUAUGUUUCAUUUUUGAUAUCUGAUUCUAUUGUAUUUUUAGUCCUGUUUUUCCCGUAUCAUGGUGGAUGUUUUCUAGCGGGGAAGGGCAGAACUUGAAUGGGUUGUUUAUACUUCAAGAUUAUACUGAAUAAAUGGUUUAUACUUAAAAAAUAGCUGAAUGUGAUACUCUCCCCACCCCCCGUUUCUAUAGAGUAAUGUGGUGGUUUUCUAGAAAGAAUUUUUUUAAAAAAAUUGCUGCCCUUAAUUGAUACAGCCUGUGUUAACAUUUUUAUUUAAUUUAUAUUUAGAGAACAAAUCAAAACUAGCAUUUCAUGUUAAAUUUAUAUGCUGUAUAAUCGCAAAAGCAAAAAAAUAGUUGAACUGACAUAUUUCAAACGUGUAUUUAGUGUGGUUUAACUAUUAUAAUGAAACAAAUUCAGACAAAUAUUUUAAGACAUGACAACUAAAUAUAUGGAAGUUUAUACUGCUAUUUAAUUUUUGGGGGUGGGGGGAUGAAAAUGCUGAAAACUGCCCGGGGUGUUGUCAACAUAAAUCUGCAGGUUAAUGGCACAUUUGACAAAAUAUUUGAUCCUCCUAUAACAGGGGUAGGCAGCCUAAGGCCUGCGGGCUGGAUGCGGCCCAGUCGCCUUCUCAAUCCAGCCCACGGAUGGUCCAGGAAUCAGCAUGUUUUUACAUGAGUAGAAUGUGUCCUUUUCUUCAAAAUGCAACUCUGGGUUAUUUGUGGGGCCUGCCUGGUGUUUUUACAUGAGUAGAAUGUGUGCUUUUAUUUAAAAUGCAUCUCUGGGUUAUUUGUGGGGCGUAGGAAUUCGUUCAUUUCCCCCCAAAAAAUAUAGUCCGGCCCACCACAUGGUCUGAGGGACGGUGGACCGGCCCAUGGCUGAAAAAGGUUGCUAACCCCUGUCCUACAAGAUAGCAGGGUUUUUUAAUGUUAUUUUUUCUAUAUUUUUCUGAAUGCAUUGUUGCUUUCAGUUUGCUUCAUGUUAUUAUGUAGCACUGGAAAUUAUAAUAAAAUUUAAUAAAUAAAUAUGUAGUAGUGAGAGAUGGUCUUCUGAAAAGAUUAAAAUGCAACUUUUGAUUUUAGGUUUGACUAAGAACAUUCAGGUUACUUUAUAGUUGCCCAGUUUGACUUGAACCCUGCCAUAUUGAAUAAUUUCCAGCCAGUCUCCAAUACUCAAGUAUGUGUUCUGUGCUGGUUGGAUAAUGCCUUGGAUGAACCUAGCAGCUAUUUGUUCAGACCAGUAGAUUAUGUUAGCAGGCUUUUUAACAUUAUGCUCCUUUUUGUAAAUCCUAUUGAGCCACACUCUGCUUUAUGUCCCUUGGAAUCUGGGCUAAAAGCCAGUUAUUCCCAGAUGAAUAUGGUUCAUUGAAUAUUUGGGCAGUUAUAAAUGGAAGAAGAAUCUGUGCUCUGAAGUUGCAUGUUGAAUAGGUCUGGUUCACAUCUCAUAUUAAACCUUAGUUUAAAACAAACCAUGAUUUAAUGAGAAUGAGCAGUAUACUGCUACACAAUGUUCAAAGGUUACUGUGGCAUCCCAUCUCUGCUUUUCCACCACAAAUUAAACAAGUCACAGUCUGUCUUGUUAUGUUGUCCUAAUCUGGGGCUGUUGGUUUGUUUCCUCCAAACAAGUCAUAAGUGGUAGCCAAGGUUUCUUACUGGCUAGCGUUUUGUGGUUUGCUUGAGGAAACAAAACCAGGAGCCUGUGUUCUGUUGGCACGACAAGCCAGAUUCUAGCUUGUUUCAUCCAUGGUGCAAUAGGAGGGAGGGGGAGCUCUGUGAGUAGCAUUCACUAGCAUAUUAAACGUUCAGAUUAAACCAUGGUUUGUUUUAAACAACUGUGGAGGCCUACCUGUAUUUAAAAAUAAAUAAAUCAAGAGAAGCCUAAUAGUUAAAAGCAAGGAUGCUUACUGAAUCUCUGUUGGAAGAAUGUUCCAUAACCUGGGACCGGUGUCACUAAAUACUGAACUUCUGGUUGAGUCCGGUCAGGCCUCUAACAUUGGGGGGGGGGGGAGAUAACUAGCAGUGCUACUCUGGAUGACCUCUGUCAUCAAACUGGGAUAUAAAGGCUUAGGCAGUCCUUAAGGCACUGUGAGCCCAAGUUGUUGCUGUAUUUACAAUGUUUAUUUUCAGUCAUUUUAAAGCUGUAUUUAUACCAAUUUAAUAUUAUAAGCCAUUUUGUGAAGAUUUGUGCUUUGAAAAGUGGGUUAGAAACGUAUGAAUUGCAAGAUUGGAUUAUUAUUAUUAUUAUUUUAAUGACAUAAAUUGGUCCACUGUGGUCAUCCCUCCUCUUCCCCUAUUCAGAAGAAUUAGAUGAACUGUUUGGGAACAGUGUCUGAUUGGACUAAUGAAACUAUGUAUGAACGUUUCAGAAUGGGAAAUGAGUGGUAGAAUGUUCCCUUCGUUUUGAAAAGGUGUUUCCUUUCAUAUAGGACAUUUAACAUCACUUGUUGUUUUUUUCCUUCUAAUAAUUUGUUUUCCCUUGUUUUCACAGUGAGCAGAGCAUCUGCCAAGCACGGGCUGCUGUAAUGGUCUAUGAUGAUGCUAAUAAGAAGUGGGUACCAGCUGGUGGAUCUACUGGAUUUAGCAGAGUUCAUAUAUAUCAUCAUACAGGCAACAAUACAUUUAGAGUAGUUGGCAGAAAGAUUCAGGAUCAUCAGGUAAGUGAUUAAGCUCAAAUAAUUAAAAUGGCCUUUUAUUUUAGUUGGUCAGAUGUAAAUGUUCUCUUACAUUGAUGGAAGGAGAUGAACUUUUGGAUCCACCUCAGAUCCUUUUACUUAAUAGAAUAAUAGGACAGUCAAACAGGUCAGAGGCUUUCAGACGAUUUUCACCACAAAUCUACAUUUUUUAUCAUCUGUUGUCUCUUUUACCAAAAAAUAAAUUAUGCCAACUGAGUGGAAUUACCGUAUUUUUCGCACCAUAGGGCGCACCUGACCAUAGGGCGCACCUAGUUUUUAGAGGAGGAAAACACACAAAAAAAUAUUCUGAAUCAAAUGUUGCACUAAACUAUUUAAAGCAGCAAAGCGGGCGGCUCCUGUCCGCUUUGCUGCUUUAAAUCGAGCCUCAGAGGAGGGAAGGAAGGGGAACCAUGGCUUAUCUAAGUCCAGUUAAUAAUGCUGAGCCUGACUUAUGGCCAUCGAGAUUAGCCUGGCCGUCUCAGUGGAAAUCUGGAGAGGCUGAGGUGGACUUUCCAGUGGUCAAAGUGUGGUUGUGUCUUCCUGCCCGGCAUCUAUUUCCUGCCCUCUUUCCCCCCUGCACCCCCGCACCCUGCUUCGAGGAAAGGAAGCGGAGCCAUGGAUCCUCUGCUCGCAACUGCAGUGGAUUCCCUCCACUUUGAAGCAGGAAACUUUGCUGCUUCAAAGGGAGCCCAGGAGGAGGGAAUCCUCUGCAGCCGCAAGCAGAGGAUCCAUGGUCCCCUUAUUUCCCUCCUCCGUGGUCGCUUUGACGCAGGAAGGUGGGAGAGGAGCUGCUUACACGAGUGUAAGCUGCUCCCCUCCCACUUUGCUGCUUCAAAGGGAGCCCGGGAGGAGGGAAUCCGCUGCAUGGAUCCCCUUCCUUCCCUCCUCCGUGGUUGCUGCUUCAAAGGGAGCCGGGGAGGAGGGAAUCUGCUGCAGCUUCCCCCACCUCCCGCAAAAUCGGCAGAAGCCGCGAGCUCUUUAAAGGGGCUGCGCGGCUUCUCCUGGCUUUUCUGGGAGGUGGGAGAAGGGACUGAUGCAGCCAGUCAGUCCCUUCUCCCUCCUGGGGAAAAGCCCGCAAGAGCGCACGAAGCUUGUGUGCGGCUCUUGGGGGCUUUUCCCGCCUUCCUCCCCCCUGCAUUCGCUCCAUAGGACGCACACACAUUUUCCCUUGCUUUUUAGGAGGGAAAAAUUGCGUCCUAUGGUGCGAAAAAUACGGUAUCCGGGGUUUUGGAAUGUAGAAUCCAAAGAGUUGGUGUAGGUGAGAUCAAAGUUUCAUUUAUUGAUUUAACAAGCCAGCUAGUUCCUAUUCACAGUUUCAGAUGAAGAAAAUAGGAUUAUUAUGUUUUUACAUCAUGCCACUUAGAAAAUAGCAAGGGUCCCUCAUUGUACUCACCCUCACAGUGUGAUUUCUUUGUGAACUUUACUAAAGUCCCAGUCUGCUUAAGUGGAAAGGAUUGCAUUUGUGACUUCAACAUUCUGAUUUUUAAAAACCAAUAUUAGUAUGUGUAUUGCUUACCUCUUGAAAGAUCAGGGUAUCAGGGACUGAGAAAACAGAAACAUGUGUUGCAACAGAUUCAUGACCGAGGAGUCGAAGGUAUGUAAUUGAUAAUGUUCUGAAGACAAAAUGAAGAUCAUAGUGCAAAUCUUUAGUGCAGCUGCACCUGGAAUAUUGUGUAGAGUUCUGGUUGCUUCACCUCAAAAAGAAUAUUGUAGAGCUGGAAAGGGCUCAGUAAAGGGCAUGACCGGACUGACCAUGACAACGAAGUGAUAUUCACCACCACUACCCCAUUUCCAGACAACCUCCCACACCACAUGGAGCAAAGACUAAAUCAAGGCUAUUUCCUGCUCUCUGCAUUGGACCCAUGACCACUUGAGACAGGCCCAUGGUUGCCAUGGAGGCAAUGAACUCCCAGACUGGACCUGAGGCAUGCUCAGCAUGAAUGUUGAAGUCACCCAAAACCACAGAACUGGGGUUCUCCAGCAUCACACUUGAGACAAGCUCAGUCAGGGAGGCUGAUGAGCAGCAGGGUGGCCAGUACACCAAUAGCAUGCUUAACUGAUCUCUUAGGCCCAGCGUCAGAUGCAGACCCUCUAGUGCUGCUCCAAGGAAGGUGGUACAUUAUGGUGGUAUGUGAAUAGUCUCUCCAUUCUGGGCUGAUGUCACACCAAGUACCUGGGUGGGCAGAGCUGAGUCAAAUUGGCCUACCCGGCUGCCCCACCCAGGUCUCGGUGAGACCCAGCCUCAACCAGGUCAGCCUGCUGAACCACACUCAGAUCAUGGAUUAGCAUUCAUUGCGAACUGACCUGGUAUCCAGCAGAAGAACCAGCAGACUGAAGGGGACAGUGUUAGAUUAUCCAUUGAUGCUGCGAUAAGGGGGAGUUUAAUGAGGAAUAUCAGGCACAGAUACCUGUCAUCAUCCCUUCAACAUCUCAUUCUGUAAUGCCUACCCUUCCCUUCGAUCACCUUCUACUCUGAUAUCCUUCCCUCAAGACAUAUCCUGUAUAUGGAACACUCUGCAAAAGUAAAAGUAACAAUAUACAUUUUAUCAUGCCACCAGGCCAUGCAGACAUCAAUCCACAAUAGGUCACAUGUACAGCCCACCAUAAAGAUGUCAAGCCACAGCUGAGAAACGGAACAAAGCCAUCUUGUACGGGAAUCCCACCCCAUCUCUCACCUGGGGUAUAAGCAAGCACUGCAGAUGGACCAUAAAUAGACACCAACAGGUGCUGUAAUGAAAAUAUUGUCAUUCAGCACUCAUUGGUAAAUAGUAACUGGCCCUCAAUAAAGAAAACUGUAAAAAUUCUCCAUCUGUUCCUGUCAGCUCAUCUAAUGUAUAAAUCCCAGAAUCUAGCCACUUCUUCCAUAGAAAGAAUUAUCUUUAAAUCAGGGUUACCCCAUGAAGUUAAUUUAACUAUCAGCAUAUGGAUCAAAUUAUAGCCGGCAGGCCAGCAUACACAGUGACUCCCUAGUUGCUGAAAUUGGUGAUGUAGACCCUUUUUUACAUGUAUAGACUGCAGCACCACCCAUCCCAAAAGAGGUAUUACAUGAGCCACCUCUCAAAUUGCCCAUGCUGGGCCAGAUUUGGAAAGAUAAAGUUUGGUUUGGUUUGGAAAUGGGGGGUUGGAUAGACCCCCCUAUGCAGGGAGGUUUGGACUUUUCAAGUCUGGCAAUGGGCCGUGAGAUGUUUGGGGUUGUGGGGGCUCUUAAUUUUGGAGGGACUUUGAAACAUGUUCUUAAAUACCACAUGGAGCUUAGUCUGGACUAUGGAAAAGGGGCUGAUUUGUCGAGAUGGGUCAAAAGCAUUGUCAAGCUGGAGUUCCCAAGCGUGAAAGGAGCAGGAGAUAAAGGAAAAUACAGCUAUAAGUAUGAAGAAGAGCUGCGGAAGGGACAUGGAAGGGACUUAAGGGCCUCGGACAUAAGAUUGCCAGGUUAAUGCGCUAGAUUGAUGAGAUAGAAAGGACUGACAAAACCUGGGACCAGGAGGAAGAGACGCUGGAUGAAGAUUGGAUUUUUUUUUGUUUUUUUGUUUUUAUUAGGAUUGUUUUAUAAAAUUGAUGAAUGUUAGAAAAAUGUUGGAACGAAAUUAUUUGGCUUUAGCAAAAAUGUUUAAAGAAUUAUGUAAGAAUAUUAUGGUUAUGAGAAAUUGGUAAAAAUAAGAUUUAAGUUUUAAGCUUUAAGGUUUUUAUAGUAAGAUAAGAUUAAAAUAGAUUAAGGUAAAGUAUUGACAGAAUAUUAUGAAAUAUGGAAAGGAUUUGCUGCGACAAUUAAUAACCAGGAUACAAAAAAUGGGAGGAGGAGGAGGUCAAAGAAAGAAGGUAAUGACAGUUAAGGAUUUGUUUUUAAAUGUUUGUGGUAUAUUUUUAUUUUUUGAGCGUGUUGUGCUAUUUUUUGAUUUUGAUUUCUAUUAAUCUGUAUUGUUUGACUCUGGUUUGUUUUUUCUUUGUUUUUUCCUCUCUCUUUUUCUUCUUUGUUUUCUUUUGUAAUUCAAAAAUUUUCAAUAAAUAUCAUUAAAAAAAAAAAUCGAAUUGCCCAUGCUGGGGGUACUCCUAGAAAAAGAAACUUGCUACUUGUUUAUGCCUUGUAGUAUAAAAUAAAAUAUGGAAAAUUAAAUCAUCUUUCCAUUUUAUUAUUUUAAGUGAUAUACGAGGUGGUGAAUUACCCCAAAUAAACAUCAGAAAUAAUACAUUAAACUUCUGAAAAUAUGCUUGGAAAUUUGUUGACAAAUACCGCUAAGAAAAAUUAUUGUUCAUGGCAGUACAUCUUAAAUGUGUUAACUCUACCCCUAAGUGCUAAGUUUAAGUAGUGCCUGAUCUCAGGUAUGAACCUAUUUAAGCUUAAUUUAAUGAUUUGAGAAAUAUCUGUAGAAACCAAAAUCCCUAGUGAAAAUGCUUAGUGAAAGACAUACACAGCAGGCAAUUUAGACUUGCCUUCUGGCAUUCUUAUUUUAACCACUUUAUUGUUCAUCCUGGAAUCUGACUAAACUUAUCCAUUGAUCUGAUAAAUUCUGAUAUAACUGUUUCAGGCCUGCUAACAAAUAGUAGCAAAUCAUCUUCAGACAAAGCUAAUCUAAAUUCCACUUGCUCAUGCACAAACCAUAAAUCUUUCUGUUCUGUCUAAUUGCAUAUGCCAACGGUUCCAAACAUAAAUCAAAGAUCAAUGGAGAAAGAGGACAUAAGAACAUGGGAAUAAUAGUCUCUGUAAUCUAUCCCCAAGCCAUUCCCCACAGACAAAUCAAGUGACACAAAGGCAGGUCUCAUCUGCAGGUGCUGCUUUUCUUCCCUAGCCCUCUUCUAUAAGGUAAAGGUAAAGGACCCCUGGACGGUUAAGUCCAGUCAAAGGCGACUAUGGGGUUGUGGCGUUCAUCUCGCUUUCAGGCCGAGGGAGCCGGCGUUUGUCCACAGACAGCUUUCCAGGUCAUGUAGCCAGCAGGACUAAACCGCUUCUGGCGCAACUCUUCUGUACUGCCCUACUGGCCCAGCACCUGUUUCCAAUGCAAGAUCUCACCUGGAGCUGCACUCAUUGGGGCAGGAGGAUGGAAGAGAAGUGAUACUGUGUUACACCUAGCCCUCUGUUCUAGUCAGAGAGGGUAUGCCUGGUACUGGGGUAUAUAUGUACCUCUGCCUUUUUUAAAAAAAUAAGGGAAAAAUCCCUAAAUGAAGUUGGAACUAUGAGAAAUACGUGUCUGAAUGAAUGAGUCGCAAGAGGAGUUGUACUUAGCAUUUUCUUCCAUCUGUGCACAUAGUUGCUCAUUAACUGCCUCUUAAGUUUCUUCUCAGCCCAUUUCUAUUAAUGCUAAACAAUAUAGUCAAACGCUGUGAAAUAUAUUUAUUUAACGACCGUUUACGCAUUUUCAUUGGAAAAUUACUGUUUUAUAAUAUAUUGGUGGGGGGUUUUUUUUUAAUUAUUAUUUGGAGUGACCUAGCUGGCACUGCAGGGUUUUUUUAUGGAUGAUAAUUAAAACAAUAUAAUUGAGGAAAAUCAAUAGGGAAGGGGACAUUUGCUGAUAACAGGACGUGUAUUCCAAGGCAUUGGGCCCCUUAGGCAGGACCAUAAGCAAAUCUCUCGCAUUCUUUUGGAACAAGGGGAAGGGGGAAGGAAUCAUAGAGUUGGAAGAGACCACAAGGGCCAUCGAGUCCAACCCCCUGCCAAGCAGGAAACACCAUCAGAGCACUCCUGACAUAUGGUUGUCAAGCCUCUGCUUAAAGACCUCCAAAGAAGGAGACUCCACCACACUCCUUGGCAGCAAAUUCCACUGUCGAACAGCUCUUACUGUCAGGAAGUUCUUCCUAAUGUUUAGGUGGAAUCUUCUUUCUUGUAGUUUGGAUCCAUUGCUCCGUGUCCACUUCUCUGGAGCAGCAGAAAACAACCUUUCUCCCUCCUCUAUGUGACAUCCUUUUAUAUAUUUGAACAUGGCUAUCAUAUCACCCCUUAACCUCCUCUUCUCCAGGCUAAACAUGCCCAGCUCCCUUAGCCGUUCCUCAUAGGCAUCGUUUCCAGGCCUUUGACCAUUUUGGUUGCCCUCCUCUGGACACGUUCCAGUUUGUCAGUGUCCUUCUUGAACUGUGGUGCCCAGAACUGGACACAGUACUCCAGGUGAGGUCUGACCAGAGCAGAAUACAGUGGCACUAUUACUUCCCUUGAUCUAGAUGCUAUACUCCUAUUGAUGCAGCCUAGAAUUGCAUUGGCUUUUUAGCUGCCGCGUCACACUGUUGGCUCAUGUCAAGUUUGUGGUCAACCAAGACUCCUAGAUCCUUUUCACAUGUACUGCUCUCCAGCCAGGUGUCACCCAUCUUGUAUUUGUGCCUCUCAUUUUUUUGCCCAAGUGCAAUACUUUACAUUUCUCCCUGUUAAAAUUCAUCUUGUUUGUUUUUGCCCAGUUCUCUAAUCUGUCAAGGUCGUUUUGAAAUGUGAUCCUGUCCUCUGGGGUGUUAGCCACCCCUCCCAGUUUGGUGUCUACUGCAAAUUUGAUCAGGAUGCCCUUGAGUCCAUCAUCCAAGUUGUUGAUAAAGAUGUUGAAUAAGACCGGGCCCAAGACAGAACCCUGUGGCACCCCACUAGUCACUACACAUCCAUAGGUGAAAAUGCUACAAAGCACCUUUAAGCCAUAACUAUACUUUACUAUUUUUUUAGGUGGUAAUAAAUUGUGCCAUUCCAAAAGGAUUGAAGUACAAUCAAGCAACACAGACGUUUCAUCAGUGGCGGGAUGCUAGGCAAGUGUAUGGGCUCAACUUUGGCAGCAAAGAAGAUGCCAAUGUCUUCGCAAGUGCCAUGAUGCAUGCCUUAGAAGUGUUAAAUUCACAAGACUCUGGUAAGGCUGCUACAAAUUUCCACAACAGUUUUUAAAUAGUGGCUUAUUGUUCAAUCUUGCUUCGUUCUGUUUAUCUUGAGUUGGAGUAGAAGGUCCAGAUACAUAUUUCAACCUAAGCUGUUAUCUUUCUAAUAGACAUGAGUUAGUUAGAAGUAGAUGCCUUAAUCCUAUGACUGUACAUAACAGAAUGCUGCUAUCCUAUAUGGUGAAGGAUUAGCAAAUCAGUCUUACGUGCAUCACAGUUCACUUCAUGGGUAUUGUAGAGUGAGUAAUUACUUAUAUUUGGGAAGAGACUGCAGCAAGUCCCUGUGCAGUAUUUCCAGAAUUUGUGUUAGGUAAACUACCAGGUGGAAUGAAAUAAGAACUUCCUCAAUAGAGGGUAAGAAUCACCUUCAAGAAUGCGUAGAUGAAACUACAGUUUGGAUCCACAAACCUUCAGGAAGAGCAUUAUCUUUAUUCCUUAAAAUACUGCAUUUAAAAUAUUGUGGCCCUGCUUAGGAAAUACAUAUAUUUGUCUUUAAUGCAAGUAUUAUUAGCAUUUGUGUGCAAUAUAACACAAUGGGUGAUAUCCAACCAAGGGUGCCUCUUGAAGCCCAUGGCUCUCUACUGUUUGAACCAAGCUUAAAAUGAUUAUGGCCACAAGGCAGCAGAGGUUUAGGGUCAGAGCUUUCCUUCUCCUUGGAUGGGCUCCCAGCUGUGCAAAAAAGAACUGUUUAUUGAACUCAUUUUGACAACUGAAGUCCACAUAAAACUUUUGAGCAUGAAAUAGCUUUGGUGUUUUCUUUAUUGCGAAGAGAGCUUUGCACAGGUACUAUAGGAACAACUGCUAGGCAGAAGACCCAGCAAGUCAAUGCAUUAAUAGUCCAAGGCUUCAGAUUUUUAAAACUUAGCUCUGUCAGUCAAAAACAAAGACAUCUUAAUUAGAAGACCUGCUAAAAAUCAUUCGUUCCCUGAAAUGGCUUUUAGGAAAGACCCAGAUUUAAUUAGUGGAAGCAAUUGCUUAAAACAUAACAUUAAAGUGGUCUCAUAUUGGCCUUCUGAUGGAGCAUGAACAGCAAAAUUAGAACAUGGGUGUUCUCUGUGCCAUCUGAUGAAUGUGAAUAAGACCAGCAAGCCGAUUUAUCCAGCAGUACUUUGAAUUCAACUGACCUCUCAGGCUUGAAUAACAAUGAACUCUAAUCAUACAUUGUAGUGCAGUUGGUUGCAUUCCUGUUGCCUUUCAACUAUACUGUAUGCAAAAUGGUUUUUCUUGAAAGAGAGCCAGCCAUUCCACCCCUCCCCCUUUUUCCCAGGGCUCUUUGCAACAAUGGAGAGACAUAGCAUUAAGUGACUGGUAUAUUCAUUCAGUGCUUCACAGUCAUCAAACCCCUCAGGGACAAACUAGAUGAUACAUUAAAUAUGUGAAUUAUCUGUUGUUAAAGAUUUAAACAGCAGCAUAUAGCUCUGAUCAGUAUUAGGGCUGUGGGCAGGGGUUAUUUAACAAUUUCCUCUGCUAUUCAGACAAAGAAAAUAUUGGUUUGGGGUGGGGAUGUUUUUAGUUGGUACCAUGAGGUGGGGUGGAAUGGUUAAAAAUCUUGCCCAACAAUCCACUGUCCUCAUCUACAUUGCUUUUUAAUUUAAUUUUUGUAAAAUAUAACAUCAAAUAUGUGACAGCAGUCACAUCUAGUUUAGCUUUGAGAUGGUGGCUUAAAAAAAGGAGUUUGGUUUGAAAAUCUAGGGUGGAUAGUGAUGCACAGAGUUCUAUAUGGCUAUUGUGAGAGUGCAAACAUACAGCAGGACUAGUGAACCUUUGGCCCAUCAGUCCCAGCCAGCGUGGCCAGAACUCCAGAUGGGAGUUUUAGUCAAGCAACAUCUGGAGGAACAAAGUUUCACCAGUCCUGCUAUAUAAGGUUGCCAUCUUUGUGACAGUCACAAAGCCCCUCUCACCACACUUCAUGGAUCGUGUUUCAAGUAAAAAAGAUUGAUUUUUUAAAGAAACAGGCAGAAUAAACAUUAUCUCAAUAAAUAUGUCAGGUGCCUGAAAAAGAAUUGUUUUUUAAAGUUGCAUGCAAAAUAACUGUCAGAACUAAAACUAGGAGAAAAACCACAGGAGAAAAGGCUCCCUUGUCCUGGAGUAAAUACCAUAUAGAACUUGUUUGCAUUUUAUUUUGAGGACGUGUAUGAGACUGACCUGUAAGUCACCACACAGCACAUGAUCUGCUAUUUAACACGCUGCAGCUGGUGCUUCAUUUUGAACUGUUGAUCACAUAUCCUAGAACAAUUAUUUCUAGCACCUCCUUUACUGAUGAUGAUGAAGAUUUAAUAAAUUUGUUACCUUGCUUUCACCAGAAGGCCUGCAGCUUACAGCAAUUUAAAAUACAAUGUUAUGAACAGUUUAAAACAAAUUAACAGUCAUGGGAAUGGGGUGGGUCCUAAAAGUAUGCAGCUCAGCUGCUGGAGGCCCAGGAAAACUGCGUUAUGUAGGGAGGGAAUUCCACCACUUAGGGAAGGCCGCAGAGAAUGUCCUUUUCCAGGCAGCCACACCGAAAACUUUUGAGGGUAGUAAAACUGUCAAGAGAGGACCGUCAGCUUAUUCGAGUAUAAGCCGAGGGGGGCUUUUUCAGUGUAAAAAAUCUGCUGAACAAGUUGGCUUAUACUCGAGUAUAUACAGUAAUCUUGCUUCCCAAAGAAUUGUUUUAAAAUUUUGGAAUCUUUUAAAGGUUUAUAAAUAUGUGUUUUCUCCACACUCAUCAUAUUCUUGCUGAAUAUAUCAGUUUACAUUUUGAAAAGAUGUGGAGCAAUAUUGAUGGCGAUGCUCAGUUUGUUUUAUGUAUUUUGUAGGCUAUUUGCUGGAAAUUUAAUAAGUAGUCAAAAUUUGAAAGUUGAUUUCUUAUUGGACUUUACAUGUGACUUUUGCAUAACGGCUGAAGUGUAACUUGCUUUACUAGGUCCAACGUUGCCUCGACAAAAUGCACAACUUCCCCCACAGGUGCAAAAUGGCCCAUCACAAGAAGAUUUAGAAAUCCAGAGAAGGUUAGUGUGGUUUUGCAUAAAACAGUACUAUUAUGAUGGUGAUUGGGCAAGUAUUUAUUGGGGGGGGCAGUUAUUGUUUGGUACUAUGGUAUGUAUUUUUGUGUUUUUAUAUUGUAAACCACCCUUUGAUCCUUGGAUGAAGUGCGAUGUAGAUAUUUAAUAAAUAAAUAUUUGUUCAUGUGAGGCUUUUCAUAGUACAUCAGAAAGUGCAGCAUGGGCUUCUCUGAGUAAACAUGUAUAUUUCCAUACAGAUUGGUCCAUUUUGCAUGUGAUGCCUAGCCAUUGCUUGUUUAAGCCAUGGUUUAGCAAGGUGAUCAAACAAACCAUGAUUUAUUUCACCAAACAUUGGUUUGUUUUCCAGCUGCUCUUGUAUCAUAGUUUUGUGGUUUGGUUAAUGGUGGGUAUUGGGUUCACAUGUACUGCCAAGACCUAGUUAAAACAAACCAAGGUUCAUAAGCCAACCCCCACCCCCAAAAUGGCUUCACACUGUGUUUUGUUAAGCUGUAGGGCAAGAUGUGUACAUUACACAAAGCCAUUGUUUAAUAAACAGAAAUAUGUGGGGAGUAAUUUUUGUGUUGAUGUAUUUCUUUCUAGAGGGUUUUUUUGUUUUGUUUCUGUUGUAAAACUACAUUUUACCAAGGCUAUGGUUUACUACUUAAUGUUAAUGGACCUAAUAGAAUUAUACUUGUUAUUAUAUUGAUUUCUUUAACUUUCUGCAUUUUGCAGUCUUAUAUUUAGUGUUAGAGGAAAUAUAUAAAACAAUCAAUACCAACUUUGAAGUGCAAAAUGGCCUACAGGAGCCAUUUUUUUAAGAAAUAAAGUGAUGUCACCCAGUCAGAUAUAUAGGACAGGCAGCUUUCCCAAGUUGUUCAUGCUAGUUUGUUUUUCUUUGGGGUUUUGGAAUGAUUCCUUGAGCUUAAGUUUAAUUUCAACAAUUGGAAAAGGUUCAUCGGAAAUGUACACAGAUGAUAACAUGUUUAGAAAGCAGACCCUAUGAAGCAGUUCUGAAGGAAUUGGGUACAGCAUACUAAGGAAGAAGAAGAAGACGACUGAGCGGGGAAAGAGGGAAUUUAGGUAUUUAAAAGGAGAUUCCCAAAGGGAACUGCUGGUUUAAUUGUAUUAUUUUCAGCUUUCUUUAAAGUGCUAAAGGCAGCCAUCCUUUAUACGCUUAUAAGCACCAGCAAACUUAAUGGGAUUUAUUUAUAAGAUGUCCAUCAAGGAAAGGCUAAGAACCAAGCAAUUAUAGGUUACUGAUAUUAAACAUUUUGGAGGUGGGAAGUUCUUAUAAGAACACUUGAGCACUGAUAGUAGCUAAUAGAUCUGUAAGGGGUGCUUCAGGCAUAAGAAUAUGUUCUAGGGAGACAGGAGGGUAGGAUUAAAUGAUAACUUGUUGCUGUUAUUUCUUUUGUAAGCACAAAAGUAUGGGUAGUGUUUGAAAGUAAGGAAAUGAUCAGAACUAGUGAAUCAUAGUUUUAGAUUGUGCAUUUGUUGUUGUACACAUACAGCACUUCUCUUAAUGUGAAGUAAAUAUUUGUCAAAUGUGGAUUGCCUCCUGUUUGGCUAUCCCUGCAGCUACUGCCCAUGCCAAUAUCGUGCUCUCCAGGAAUUGUGGACUACCAGUCCCACCCAGCAAGCCUUCGUGCUGGUUGGGGAGUUGUAGUCCAAAAACAUCUGGAGGGUACCUCAUUGAUUUCUGCUGUUCUAGAGUCUUUCAGGAUGGUUGACACCAACACAGAUAGCAACAAACAGCUAAAAUAAUUGCUGGGCUUGUUCAGUUCUAAUGCAUUCUCCGUUGAAUAUAAUAUCCGGAACCCCAUUUUAAGAUUCUCAGAAUAAAAGAUCCUAACUGUUGUGUUUAAAUAGAGCAUUAGUUCAUAAUAUAUCUUUAAACGAUUCAUGAUGUUAAUAUAGCAGCUAGAAGGGGUGCGAAUGUCAUGAAUGUAAAUCCGUUGCUGUAUCUUAUAUCAGUUGGUAGCUGAUUGAGUUAAUAUCUAUAAAUAAAGCAAUUACUACAUGCCUAUGCUUAUAAAGAGGGCAGCUGUAAGAAUUAGUAUAUAGACUUCAGAAACAAUGAAAGUGUAUAGGCCUCCACUUAUCCUUCAGAGGUAUGAUGGACCAAAGGUUGACCGGCUUCUGCUGUAAGUAAUCAGUUUUAAUUUUUCCAAAGAAGCUGAAUUACUCUUAACCCAUUUCCACACACUUAGUGAAAGUCUAGCCGGCUUCAUGUAAUGAAAGUUAAUGAAAAUACCUAGAAGUAUUACUUUCGAAAAUCACUUGAGGGGGAUUUGUCUCUGUGUAAAUUUAUAGGCAUUUUUGUAUCACAGGAGCAUUUGAAUAUGGGUGUAUGUAACCAAAACAAGUUUUUUAGCUGUGCGUACAGCAGCAUUCUGCUCUACAGCUUUUAAAAAUAAUAGACUAGAUCUGGGACCUCCUGAGCACUUCUCACUCUCAGGCAGCUCCAGGUGCCCACUGUGCACCCUUUCCCUUCUAAUUUUUAUUUUUUAAUUUUAAAAUUAGAUAGGUUUAUUGGAGUGACUGCCUGUUCUGUUUUGGGUGGGGGGAGCUUGUCUGUGUUUAGUGGGUAUUUUGCCUGUUUUUUUGUUUGGUUGGAAGGGGAGGGUUUCUGAGUAUUGCUAGCUUUUCUUUUGUGAAAUGGGCAUUUUGUGGUGCUUGUGACAGUUUCUUAGAUUUUCAAAUGUGCCCCCAGGCCUCAAAAAUUAGGAACUGUUGAACUAGACUGAUAUCCAUUUGAUAAUAUAGGAUAAUAUAGAAAAUGUACGAUUUGGCUGAUGAUUCUAAUCCAUGCUUUUGAAUGUUUGUGAUGAGGCUGUAAAUAAAGACAUUUUGGUUACUGUGUGCUUUUAAAUGCCUAACCUAUCCUGCAGUAUUUAUUUUUUUAAAACAACUUUAGUAAACCAACCUAGCAUAUUUCAAAAUAGCUUUUGAAUGACUUUUAAGACACCAGAGUGACUUUAAUCUUUGAAGAGGUUGAUUACACUUUUGCCCAGAAAAAUCAAUGCAGACUCUAUUUUUAGGUAAUCUUCAAGCUCUUAAAUAAGCUUUCCAUGUGUGACAUCUCAAAAGCGCUUUCAGGUGAUCAGGCAAGAAAUAUUUGUUGACUAGUGGAGAGUGUGUGUGUUUGUACUCUCAGGCUGUAGAUGAGGCAAAAUCACUGAAACUUGUGCGUGUAGAAAGGUACAGUAACAAAGUAGGUUAGGUACUUCUGUAAGCUUGCUUGCUAGUUUGGUUGAAGUUGCCUUUGUUAACUUCUUUGAAGGUUCUGAAUUCAGUAACAUGUCAGUAUUUUCUACAGCAGUUUGCUUAAAGGCACAUAAGGGGAAAAACAACAACUCCAAUUGGGCAAUGCCUUCAUUCGGACCAACCCAAAAAGUAAAAAAAAAAAAAAAAUGUGACAAACUUUCAAGUUCUCCAGAAUACCAUAUCUGUAAGAUGUUGCAGAAAUCCAGGUCUGGUGGGAUGUGGAAAAGGUUUUGUUUUUUAAAAGGCUAUAUGUUGUAGCUUGUCAGGGAACUGACAUCGGAGCUAGAGGUGGAGGGGAGGCUCUCUAAUGAUGCUGGAGAAGGGCCCAGCAGGGAGAGAGGCAGCUCAGCAGAUGGGGAAGCAAUUCAGUGCAACACCAGGAAUAAGGAGGGACAGAUGGGGGAAGCGGAGAGAGGGCUCCCAGACUCUUCACCGGACACCAGCAGGGAGACCACUGGUCCUCUGCUACCCACGCCCUCCCUGCGUAGAAGACUUCCGCACAGAGAAAGUAGGAGGAGACUGGGUGUCAAACAACUUUUAUGUUGGAAAAGGUUUAAGAAACGCCCACUGACGGAUUCUGCUAGCGACUGAGGCAGCCACAAAUUGAAGGGCUGUCCAGACAGAAAGGUUUAACAAGGCAACAUAGCCAGGAGAGGCGGCAACUUACGCACGAGCAACCCCAUACCAUUAUAUAGCUAUUAGGCAAGCUUGUAGACUUAGUUCCAGAAUGGGGAUUGCAGGUUCAGUUUGUCCCUUCCAGGAACUACAGAUAAAGUACGUGCCUUCCACUUAACUACUGGAAUAAAGCAGUCAUGGCUGUUUUCCACAUUGUUUAAGAAAAUAAAGUCUGGCUUGUAACCUAGCAAUGCAACUUGAUAACUUACCCUAGGCGAGAUAUGCUCAUCUUGCAGUCUGAUUAAGAGUUUUCCAACUCAAAAGUUUGCCACAUUUUUGUGACUUUUUGUUGAUCCUAAUAAAGAUUAAUCAGUUGUGGAGUCAACAAUAGUUUAAAUUACCAUUAUGCAUUGUACUUGAGCAUGCCUUUGGAACUUCAGUUGGUCCAGUAUAGGGUUGAAAGGUUGUUAACUAGAAGUCAACAUUUUGAAUAUAUUUUAUAAUAUUUAUAAUAUUUUAUCAGCUCCACUCUUCUAGUCCAUUUCUGGAACCAAUUAAAAGUGCUGUUUUUAACCUUCAAACCCAUAAAUGGCUUGGAGCCAGUUUACCUGAAGCAUUGGCUCCUCCCAUAUUCUACCUCGACAGUGAAGUUGCAGUGUCACUACCAAGUGAUACCUGAUGGGUGACUAUGAAAGGAAGGGCCUUCUUUCUGAUAGCAUUCCAGCUGUGGAGCGCUCAAUCUCUGCAGUGAUUCCCACCCCACCUCCCCAGUUCAUAUAAUAAUAUGGCAGUUUUUAUGUACGCUACCCAGAAAAUUUUUGGUUAUGGGCAGCAUGGAAAUAUUGUUGCUAAUAUAACAAUAACUCCUAGUAUAUUUUAGGAGUUAGCAUGGUAUCCUUCUUAGUACUGAUAUGUAAGGAAGAUUCCCCCUGUGCCAUUGUGUCUAGAAUAUUUCAAUACUGACAAUAUAAAACCAGGAAAAACAGUUUGUAUUCUUUUCAUGCAAGAAAAGAUUAAAGAUCUGCCAAGCUGAUAUUUUAAAGGGAUAUUAAAAGCAAAUGAGGAUCAGCUUUUCAAGUUGUAAAUGCUUUUCUUCUGAAGUAUAAAUUUCCUUUUGAGAUAUAUUAGCCCAGUUUGAGUAUAAUGCAGCUAAAAGGUAGUUUAAUCAUGAGAAUAGGUAUUUAAUUAACCUGAACUAGCUAUUUAAUCAAGAAAUAAGUAAUUGUAAAAUGUUAAAUAAGUUUUCCAUUUUAAAAAAGUUACUCUACUUCCAUUCCUUAGAAAUCUGGGACAGGAAUUUAUUUUUGCGUUUUUAAAGAAGAGAAAAGUAGGACACUAAAAAUAGCUUUAGUGACUUAAAGAAAAAAGAAACUGAAAGAAACUUUUUUUUAUAGAACAUUUUUAUCUCCCUUUCAGCAUUGGUCAAAAGAAGGGUCAAGCUUUUACAGUGGAGGCUCCUCUGUUGACCCUCAAAGCCAAGGUCCAGUCUUUCUCCUCUGACCACAGUCAUUAUUAAUACAUUUCCACCUACCAAGAGGCUUCCCAGAUGCUUCUGCCCAUCUUUUCUGCUUAGCCAGUCAACAAAGUCACUACCAGCAGGUCCCACUCCUGUCUCUAGCAUCUCCCUUCCACAGAAAUGGCUUAGUUAGGGUGGUGGAUUAUUUUGUUUAUUCCUCUCCCAUUUUUUUCAUGAAGACAAUAAAAACCCCAAAGAUUUAUAACUGGGGUGGGGAACAGGGAACCAUGUAUUCCUUCUGUGGGUGUUCACAAGCCAACCAGAACCAUGUACAGUGGUACCUCAAGUUAAGUACUUAAUUCGUUCUGGAGGUCCGUUCUUAACCUGAAACUGUUCUUAACCUGAGGUACCACUUUAGCGACUGUGGCCUCCCGCUGACGCCGCGCCGUCGGAGCACGAUUUCUGUUCUCAUCCUGAAGCAAAGUUCUUAACCCGAGGUAAUAUGUCUGGGUUAGCGGAGUCUGUAACCUGAAGUGUAUGUAACCUGAAGCGUAUGUAACCCGAGGUACCACUGUACAGUCGUACCUUGGAAGCCGAACAGAAUCAGUUCCAGAAGUGCAUUUGACUUCCAAGGUGCAGCUUCUGAUUGGUUGUAGGAGCUUCCUUCAGCCAAUCGGAAGCCCCGCCAGACAUUCGGCUUCCAAAAGAAAGUUCACAAACCAAAACACUCACUUCCGGAUUUGCGGCGUUCUAGAACCAAAACGUUCAACUGGUAAGGCGUUCGUCAACCAAGGUACGACUGUGUUCCUCUUGGGGUGUGGCCUGCAGCAUGUGCCAGAGAGAAAUAUACAUUUACAUUAGAAGCCUUGUUUACUUAUAUUUUUGUCUCUGUGUGUGUUAGUGGGAGGAGAGAAGUAGGAUAUCUUCCUGCCUUUGCCCCUAACGGCCUUGUUGCCGCCCGUAUUUUCUUUGGGUCUUCCUCCCCUCCCAGUGUCUUCACUAAGGAAAAGCAGGACAUUCUGGGAUCAAAUCAGAAACCAGCUUUUGUAAAUCCAGGGCUGUCCAUGGAAAAUAGGGACACCCGGAGGGUCUGGAAACCUGAAGUAUACUUUUAAUCAUGUUUUAAAUUGCAGAUUGUGUUAUGAUUUCAGGUUACAGUUUUAAGUGUUUUGCCUUGCUUUGGGAGACACCCAGAGACCAGUUCUGGGACAUGAUGCAGUUAAUAAAUUAGUAAAUAAAUUAAUUUGAUAAAUGAAAUGCAUUUAAUAUAUUAACCCCACUUAACCUGGGUGUAAGUGGAAAGAACACUCUAAACUAAAAGGUAGAUUUAUGAGAUUAGCUGUGUUGUUCCUUAACUGCAGGGGCAAGCCUAAUCACUUUUAAUUGAUUCUGCAUUAUUGUGAAGGGAAUUUCACUAUCCUACAUUUUUUCCUUACAACACUUUAGGGUUUGAAAUCUUAGGAAGUAACUGAAAAACUGACAGGCUUGGUUGCAUCCAACUUUUACAAUAAGAUGAGUUGCACUUAACUGAGUGGGGCUUUUCCCUGUUGUGUUGCAGCCUCUUACACUGCCAGGGAAAUUAAAUUUCUUCUGAAAUGGCAUGAGAUGCAACAGGGGACUGUAGAAGGAGGGGGAAAUUGGCUUAUAUCAAUCAGGAACUUCCCUUCUAGAUUAAGGGAAGGCCUUUCCAUUCAUCCUGUUUCUUCACUGGAUCCAUGCGUAGGGUUUUGUUGCAUUUGUAUCCUAACCUUCCUCCAAUUAUCUGAGGAUCAUUCAUUCUUACUUAAACAGUAUUUGAGGUAGGUUUAGGCAGAACUAGCCCACCAUUCUUUAUGUCAGUCGAAUGCUUGUAUUUAUGGAGAGAUGCAUCUUUUAAACAAAGGUAAAUCAUUUCCCAAAGGGAAAACAGGAGAUGGGUAAAUUAAUAGAACCUCAGCUGGAAUAAUCUCUUCCUGCUAAUUAGCUAGCUUGGAGGUUGUUUUCCACAUGAACUGAAGCUAAAUCUAUGGCUUUAUAAUGCAUGUUCGGGGAUAUGGCAGCAAUAAUUUAAGCAUUAAUUGGAAAUUUAAGCACUGAAUUAACAAGAUGACAGGAUAGGAGUCUUAAUGAAUGGACUUGGAGAGUGCUGAUGCUGCAGAGUUGUUGAAACUAAGCAGGUGUGAAUGUAGUCAGUCACCUUGUGACUAUAAUAGUUGAAUAUGAUACUUUCCCCUUUUAUCUUCUGCAAAAAUUCCAAAAGAAAAGUUACUAAGGACAUUAAAGUUGUAGGUGCUGUUAUUCUAUAUAUGAGAAGGGUCAUUGUGAUUCCAAGUGAGCUGGAGCAAAAUUUAAAACUGAAAAAGUUUAAAAUGCACAGAUUAAAAGGGAACAAGUUAAAACUAGCUAAAUUGGUUUGGGAAUUGAGGCGAACUACAAUGAAGAAUGAUACAAAUGUGUCGAAGCUGUAAAUCUCUACUGCCCUCUGUUGGGUGAUCCUUCUGAUGUGAAGAAAACAGAGCUUGCUUUUCAAAUCACUUCUGUGAAGUAUCCAGCAAUUCACAAGGUUUGCUGUAAAAGGUUCAAUUUUCAGUGGCUUGGUGCUAAGAAUUGCUUCUUCAGGAAAUUGGUGUAUAUGGUGUUUCAAAUCCACUGCUGCACAGAGCGUUAAAUUACGAUUGCAAGGAUGUUGAACCAGCAUUUUAUAUGCAAACACCCCUAAAAAUCUUUAAAAUUGUGGUGCCGCUCAUGAGUUGUUUUAUAAAGCGUAGUAGUUACCAGUCAACCUUAGAGACUGGCUUGGAUGUCUUAGUGUUAUCUUCACAUGUAUCACUUUAUUCUUUUCUAAAAUCAGUUUUGUAAUGUGGGAAUGGCUGCAUCAAUUUGCUGUAGAAUAUUUUGAGAAACAGGGUCAUGCAUCCGUGUCUCUGUAAGCAUGGAUAUCAGGACCUCAAAUGUUGCAUAGCAGCAAAUAGUCUUUAGCAAAAAGAGAGAGAUUUUAAUUAAUGUAUUAACAAUGUAUGUGCAUCAUCAGGCAAAAAAGAUGCAUUAUUCUGAGUAUUUUUAGCCAUUGUUUCAGUAAGCAACAAAAGGGAACAAAUCUCUGCAGUACAUUGAAAAUCCCUUUCCUGUUCCAAAGUCAUUAUCAGGCCAGUGAAUUUCCGGCAAAAAAGAAAGUGCUUUCUUCAGUGGUCCCAGGAUAUUCCGAUAUGCUUUCGUGACACUUUGUAGUCAUUUUUUUAAAAAAAUCACUAAGAACCUUAUCUUUAGGGUGUGCUAGAUUCACUUCAGAUAUGCUGCAGGGGAACGGAAUCUUAGCAUGUCUGUAAUAACAGGAAAUAAUCUAUUUAAGACACACAUACCCCCAAAUUGGCUCAACAAUAGAUGCUCCCAACAUGUAUGCAUGAAAUUAUCACCCAUUACCCCAUACUCACUACAACUAACUUGAGUGGUUUUAUAUAAUUUACAUCUUUGUGGCAGUAAGGUGUUACCUGUGCAAUAUUUCAUAUAGCUUCUCUUGUGCUUGCAAGACUACGUCAUGUGGGACUCUGGGUCCCUUCCAACUCUACAAUUAUAUGAUUCUAUUACUGUAUUUCUAUGAUUUGAGCUCCGCCUAGUGGUAGCAGUCAGAGUUUGCCGUUCUAAGACAUUCUGGAGCUCUCCUCCCCUCACGGACACCAUCUAAAAUUCUUCCUCACUGCUGUAGUAGCAUUUCCACCCCCAGCGCAAAGUUUUGUCUGCUUUCCACUGUCCACUCGUUACCUUCUUUCUCCUGUCUUUCUCCCAACUAAGAAGACCUGCCAUUCCCUUGAGGCCCCUAAAAGCCUAUAUUGCCACAACUAAAGCUUUUUUCAGUCUGUCACCCUUACUCCUUGCAUAGCGAAGUUUCUAAUUCCACCUUUGCCAGGUAGACUAGGGCCUGCGUCACUCUGGCAUGUAAUUACCUCAUUUAAAGCCUACCAAAAUUCUUGAUUCAUUAUUUGAAAGCUAUCCUAGAGCAGUGCCAUGUGGGUAGAAGUAACUUUUUAUUAUUAUUUAUGUAAACUUCCUUGGGGAUGCUUCUGGAUCAACAUGCAAGCUAAAAAUUCAAAUUCAAUAAGAAGUGGUAUGGAGACUAUUGUAUGAAGAGUGGGAUAUAAAUUAUUAGCUGUGUUCAAAAUUAGCCAGGUGUCAGGCGCACCUGACAUCUCCACCAUCUUGAGGUGCAUGCCUGGGGUUCUUGACUGUUUUCACACACUUAAUACCACAUCCUGGAGAAUUCUAUCAGUCAUAUUUUAUCUGCACAAUCAGAAUGAAUUUCAAGAACCAAAAUGAUUUUUUCUGUGCCCCCUGAGCAGGAGCAGUGAGCAAUAUUAUAAUUAAUUAUUGUAGCUUGUUCACAGUUGUGAAGAAUAUUCUUACGUUAUGAAUGCUCUGUGUCACCAUUAAGAAAAAGAGGUCGGAGUCGGCCAACAUAUAGAUGGACUGUCCCUAGAUCAAGUGACUUUUCUACUUUUAAGUUCUCAAACUUCUUGACCUUGCUCAAGGUUGUCACCUGAACUAGCCAGAUGUUUAGCUGAUAAUCAAUAAAAAAAUAAGACAUCAGAGCCAUCUUGACCCCAAAUGUACAUUCUCUUGCGGGAAUGUAAACAGCAUUUACGUGCACCGCUCUGGUUUCAGUGUUCCGUUGCGCCAGAAACGGCUUAGUCAUCCUGGCCACAUAACCCGGAAAAACUGUCUGCGGACAAACGCCGGCUCCCUCGGCCUGUAAAGCAAGAUGAGCACCGCAACCUCAGAGUCAUUUGUGACUGGACUUAACUGUCAGGGGUCCUUUUCCUUUACUUUAACCUUGGUUUAAGGAACCAUUUGGUGUCUAGCUUAUAUAUCUUGAGUUUCCAGCACUGAUUAUUAUGUCACACACUGGCUCACUGUGUAUGUGUUCGUAGCCAGGUGGCCUUUAAUUUGGAUUUGGCUCUUCAUUUUAACACUCCCCGUUUUCCUCUGUUGCAGGCAGCUGCAGGAGCAGCAACGGCAAAAGGAGUUGGAAAGGGAGCGGCUGGAACGCGAGAGGCUGGAGCGCGAGAGGCUGGAGAGGGAACGACUAGAACGAGAGAGACUGGAGCGCGAGAGGCUGGAGAAGGAGAGGCUGGAACGGGAGCGGCUAGAACAGGAGCACCUGGAGAGGGAGCGGCUGGAGAGGGAGCGGCAAGAGCGAGACCGGCAGGAGCGCCUAGAGAGAGAGAGGCAAGAACGGGAAAGGCAGGAGCAGGAGAGAGCAGAAUGGGAAAGGCAAGAAAGGGAGCACCAGGACCAACUGGAAAGAGAGCAGCUGGAAUGGGAAAGAGAAAGAAAACUGUCAAGCGCUGGUAAGAAUUGCAGUGUGUUGUUUUGAACUGUUAACGUGAUGAAAUUGAUCAAAGUAAUCAUGAAUUAAAAUGGCUUAUUUCCCGUUUUCCUGUAAACUAACUUCCAAAAAUUGGAACCUUAUUGCCAGCAACCAAACUUUCUGUAUUUCUCAAAUAGUAUAUGUGUAGGAUGGUGUUUUUGAGCCUUCUUUCUUUUUUCUGUUAAUCUUAAGAAGCAGUUUAUAUAACAUCAGUUAGGAAAGAAAUCCUACAUUGAUCGCUUAAGAAGGAAACCUAGAGUUCUGUGCUAAGAGAACUACAUAUUCUCAUAACUCAGUAUCCCUGUCCCUUAAUGCUAAUCCCAUUGCCAGAACUUUAAAUCCUCCUCUUAUCCUGGGCUCUGUUUCUGUUCUUGCCCUCUUGUUGUCCUCCCUUUCCUCUCCGCCUUAGCCUCCUCUAUCCUGUCCUGUAACCUUAGGCAGUUGCCUUCCACCUGCAGCUUGGGCCCUGUAUGUCCCUUACCUUUCAGGACUUGGGUGAGAGGCGUGUUGUGCUUGAGAAAUGCUGCUUAUAUUGGGCAGUGUUCGUUCUCUCAGUGUGGCUCCAACCAUAAGCACACUAGGGAUUUGAUGGCCGAGUUCUCUGGCAGUUUUACCAGCCAAACUUGGUUAUUGAGAGGAAACUUUGACAUUGACGUCCGUCAGUUGUCUGCGUAAUUGAAUGUUUGGCAUGAGAGUUUAAUGUCAGUAGGCAGACCUCGUGCAAAGAGUCUUGCAAGAGUCUUUUAGCAAGUUGUAUGGAUAGUAUUUUAGAUGCGUCACUGUACAAAAUUACUUGGAUCAAAGAUGGAUCUGUAUUCUUCGGUUAGUUCUUCUUUGAACACAGAGCUAUGGUUUUCGUUGUUGUUGUUGUUGUAGUUGACUACAUUGAUAAAUGGUUAACUUGAGAAAAACUUUCAUAAUCUUAGUUUGUUUCCAAAGACCAACCAAUAAAAUAGGAGAUAUAAACUGACCAUUGGUGCAACAGAUCCAAUAAAAUAUGACCCAGCCAAUAGUCCUUGAUAUGAUAGAGUAGCACAGAAUGCUUAGGAUGCCUGACUGUUCAUAUUUUUUUGUUUUACGUGAUCAGAAAGUUGGGUCAUCUCUUUUUGGGGAAUGUGACAUUCUUCUUUUUAUAUUCUUCCAAGGCUACAUGCCUCAGAGACUUGUGUAUAAAUCUACAGCAUAGGACUUGCUUCAUUGCUGAACAGGAGUGCAGGCCGGUGUGUGUGUGUUUUCUUGAGGCCAAAUGACUCAGGAAAUGUGCGUCACUCUUGAGUAUAAAACCUAGAACUUCAGGAAUGGAUGCAAGUUCAUUACAGCACAAUGUUCUUGUUUGGACAUAACAUUAACAGUAGCCCAGCUUUCCCUGGGAAUGAGCGCUUUUAUUCUACGGUGUAAAUGUGAGAGGAAUUCAGAAGCAUUUGAUUAACCACAGCUUGCCAUGUUGUCUGAACCUGGAGGAACUAUGGUUAGUAGCAACAAGCCAACUUCAUAAACUAUAGUUCGUGAAGCUGGUUGGUUUUGGCUAACUUUAGUUAAUCUUAAUUACAGUUUAGGCUUCAGAUGAGACACUGAAAUGCACUUAAUACAAAAAUGGAAAAGGAAGCUUCUGAUCUCCUCUCCUGCAUUUGUUCUCGUCUGAAUGAAGCUAGUGUAAUAGCAUAUGCAGGCAAUGCCUGUAGCUGUGUAAAAUAUUUUGUUUCUCGGUGUAAUAAACAUAGACUUGGUUUGUGCAGAUUUGCUCAUAAGUCCACAAAAAUUAUUAGCCCACAUUUUUUACUAGUAUGCCUGCAAAUAUUUUUGAUAGCCGCAAGUGGCACAUCAGCACUCUAAAAGAACUGAUUUCUCUUCCAAUAUCCUGAAGCUAGAUUCUGCCUUGCCUUGUAAACAGAAGGCAGUUCUUGCUUGACAAAGGCAAGCAGGCAAAUGGCUAUUUGCAAUCCUGAAUUCUCAGCUACUUUUUUCUACUGUAUUUCCUGUUUCUAAUUAAUAAAAUAUUUGCUUGAAGAAUGAACGAUCUGUAAAGUGGAAAUUUGUAUAAGCCAGUCACUUUUGAGGAAGAAUUUUCUAAUUUCUCAUGUUUCACAUGCAGUUCUUACUUUUGGGGCAUAGUUUCUACUUACUGUUGAUGAAGUGUGAGCUUUCAACUGCAAUCCUGUUCUCACUUACCUGGGAGCAAGUCUUGCUGAACUCUGUGGCCUGGUUCAGAUACCAUUUUAAAUCAUUGUUAAACUUAAACUAUGCUUUAAUGUGAACGAGCGGGGUGGCUGGCUGUAUGUUGCAUGCUAUCCCAUGCCUGUGAGUUGAUUCUCUCUCAACAAACCAUGAGUGGUAAGCCAAGAAGAAAUUUUGUCUUUUGCUCAGGCUGCUAGUCUCGAUUCACAUGUAAUGUGAAACCAUCCUCGGGUUUGUUGAAGGUGUUGGGAAGGAGUACAGCAGGGACUUUCAAGGACUGUGCAACAGCACACUGUUUGUUCACAUUAAAUCAUAGUUUAACUUUAACUAUGAUUUAAAAUGAUACCUAAACCAUGACAAUGGUGCCUACAUCUGAGCAGAAAAUGCACUGGAUUGCACUGUUCAUAUGCUGAAAUUGUCAUUCAGUAGUAUUUUUUUAAAAAAUUCUUAAGAUCACUUCACUUGAUUCCAACCAAUUGAUUUUGCUGAUUACCUUUGAGAACUUACUGUGUAGUGGAGGGGUUUGGGCAUUGUUGUUGUUUUUGCGUUUCCAGAAUGUGCUUGUAAAUUCAAAUGUUGGCACAAAUAUAUAUGGCAAAAUUGGAAGCAUCUGUUGACAGUGUAUAAAUUCUCCUAACAGUAAUUUACUUGUGCCUAAUCCUCUGGUACUAACUAUAGUCUACAUUUAUACAUUUUGUUUGAAUGCUGGUUUUGUUGCUUCAUUAGCUCCCUUUUUCUCUCUCUCCUCUUUUAUCCUGCCUUUGCUGCUGCUUUCCAUCUUCUGUCCAGCUCCAUCUUACGACAACUCCCCGUAUAGUACUUCACUUCCUGAAUACUCCAGUUGCCAGCCUCCUUCGGCACCACCUCCUUCAUAUGCUAAAGCAAUGUCAGACUCUACUCCGGAUUAUGCUAAUGUGACUUCUGCACAAUCGGUUUCCUCUCCCCCUACACCACCACUAAGGCACUCUGCGUCACGUUUUGCUACAUCUUUGGGCUCUGCCUUUCACCCCGUCCUUCCGCAUUACGCCACAGUUCCUCGUCAAGUAAACAAAAAUUCUCGGCCACCUUCACCCGUGAACCCCCCAGCCCCUUUGCCCCCUAGUACCAAGUCCACUACUUGGUCUGCUUCUAGUUUUGCACCUCUUCCCCCUUCUCCUCCUGUAAUGAUUAGCAGCCCCCCAGGCAAAGCCACUGGCCCAAAGCCUGUUCUCCCCAUUCCAGUAACCGCUCAACUCUCCCAGUUGUCCCCAUCCCCUACUGCACCCAAUGGUCUUCCAGAACUGGCAAAUUAUCCAGCACCUUCGCCACCUACCUCUGGUCCAACGCCGCCACCUUCCUUUCAGCCUCUCUCGCUCUCUGGACCUCAAGCUUCCUCUCCAAGUUCCCCAUAUGCCUCGACUCCCUCAUCCAAGCCUAGUGUUCUCCCUUCUCCCUCUGCAGCUCCCCCUGCCUCUGUUGAGAACUCUCUAAACUCUGUGCUGGGAGACUCCUCUGCUUCUGAGCCAGUCUUGCAGACAGCCUCUCAGCCGAUUGAACCUCCUCCGUCCCAGCAGGGUAAGGUUUCCGUUACUGCUACUAAUUAACUAAUCAGGAAUGCACUCAAAACUAAUUUGCACCUGAAACUUGAUUUAUCCUGAAGAAUUAGCAUGUUGAAAAGCUGCAGUGAUCUUAAUACCCUCAGCAAAAGUUCAGCAGAAUGUCAUGAGGAAUUGUGAAACUUUGAAAAGUGGAGAUACGUUUUUUCAGUCAAAUUUAAAUAGUGUAUUCUGUUUUCGUUUUUGUUUUUUCAUUUCUGGAAGUCCGCUGAAAGAGUUUUGCUAGGUGGUUUCUUGCUUUUUUAAUCAUUGGACAUUAAAUGAAGAAUGUUGACUGUGAAUUGGGUUUUUCUCAGUUCAGUAUUAUUCACAAAAAGUAUACGGAAAGCAUAAUUAGUAAGAUUUAAUACGUCCAUUUACACAUACUUUAAUUUGGUUUGUUUGUGUAUCCAAAAUAGUUUUUAAAUUUCAGGUGUUGCAUCGAUUUAAUAUGUAGCUGAAAUUUCUGAGGAACCCAAAGGUAGUUACUUAUUGUGAUACAAAUAUGGUUUAUAACAAGAUGAAUUGAUCCUUUUAAUGUUUCCCUCAGUCUGGGCUAAACAUUUUAAAGAGUCUGUUACUCUAAAUAAGUCACAACUCAGGAGCAGGCAACCCUUUAUUGAUUUGAGGUGUUCCACCACUGCAAGGACAGAUGAAAAUCAACUUGCAUUCCAUAGUAAAUUUACUUCUGUAAUUGUGGACCACCCUUGGUUAGGGAUUUAAAAAAAAAUAAAAAUCUAAUCUUAUUUUUCAUCCAGGCAGUGGGGCAAAACUACUCAUUCUACCAACAUUUAAAAGUCUUCUAACUCACUAAUGUAUGCUGUAUUAAUAUUUCUGGAAAUAAGCACGGGCAUGAGGUGCAAAUGUAUAAGGUAUCUUGUCUUAGGUUUGCUUAAAUUGGUGGAAUUUAGGCCUGUGUUCUUUAGACUUAUAGUGGGGAUACAAACAUUAUUGAUGUUGUGAUCAUCACCUUGAAAGGAGGGUAUUUUUUAUUUUUCUUAUAUUAUGUAUUUUGUGUUUUUAUGUUGUAAACCACCCUGUGGUCUUCAGAUACAGGGCAGUAUAUAAAUUCAAUAAAUACAAAUAAAGAAGAAAUGUAGUAGAACUGGAAAAGGUGCAGAAUGUGGGCAAAAUGAAGGUGAUGGAGCAGAUCAGAGCUUUUUCGUUGGUGAAAAGGGGGUAGGCAUAAUGGAGGUGUACAAAAGGGAAUAGACAAGUUUUUCUUGCUCUUUUAGUUCUAGAACCUGAGAUCAUCCAGUGAAGGUGAACCCUGGGAGAUUAGGUGAAUUACUAAUUCACCUAGUUUAGGCAUGGGAAACUUCCUAGUACAGCUCCCAGUUUCCCCCUUAUUGCUGUCUCCCUAGCAAACCACACCCAUCUUUCUCACAUCUGACAUCAUCUGUGAUGUCAGGUGUGGGGCAGGUAGAAAUGUGCCUGCCAGUGCACACCUGGGGGAUCUUAAAGUGCACUGCCAAGGGAGGCUCCCCCUGUCACAACUGAUCAGCAGAUUGCUGGUGAGAGCAAACCAAUUGGAGUUGGCUGCCCUAUGAAUUUACUUAUGGGGAACCCCAUAGCCAGCAGAUUCCAGCCAGAGUUGACCAGCUGAUUGGUAGCUUCAAGCAGCACUUGUCUGGGCUUGAAUACAGAGGUAAAUGGGUCACCUGGUAUCAUACUGCUGUCUGAUGCUUGACAGGUCAGAGUCGCCCUUGGAGGGCGAGAGAACCCAGCAUUUGGCCCACCAGCUGAAUCCAAUUCCUCACUCCUGAUGCAGUGCGUAGUUAAACUAUGGCAUUUGGUACCACACGAUGUAGUAAUAGACACCAACUUGCACAGCUUUCAAGUAGGGUUCAGUACAUUCAUGGAGGAUAAAGCUAUCAAUGACUAUAUGAGGGCUAUAUGCUCUCAAUACCUGUUAUUGGGAAUCAUGAGCAGGAGAGUACUGUUGUGUUCCUGCCCUGCUUAUGGGCUUCCCAUAUGCAUUUGGCCACCAUGUGAACAGAGUCCUGGACUAAAUGUGUCCUUGAUCUGAUCCAGCAGGCUCUUCCUAUGUCAUUGGGCUUCUGUGCAUAGAUUUUUCUUGUGUACAUCAUGUUUUACCUCUGUCUUUUACAGUAGGGGUCUGUUGUUUUUUUUAUAACGUUGUGCAAAGGCUGCGCAGUAUCACGUCCCUCAAAACAUUCACAUGAAUUUUGUUUGUGGCAUCUCUGUUUCCUCUUAAGAAGUUUUGAGGGUAGUUUUAUUUCAAGCUGAAUUGUCUGUUCAUUACUAUUAGAAUGAAGGAAUAUUUUUCUUUGAUAUUGAAACCAGCAUGGGGACCAUGCAGGGUUUUUUUUCUUAAUGUAGUAUAGAAUUGGUUUCCUGACAGUCUUCCCUUUUUGUCACAAUUUUUGUUUGGUUUUUAUGUGUGUGUUUUUAAUUAGGUGUUAUCCAAGGACCACCUGCACCCCCACCCCCACCCCCUCUCCCACCUGGCCCUGUCCAGUCACCACCAGCAGUCCCCCCUCCCCCUGGACCCCCUCCCCCUCCCCCUCUUCCACCAUCGGGGCCGCCUCCCCCACCACCUCCCCCCCUUCCUAACCAGGUUCCACCCCCACCUCCGGCCCCUCCUCUGCCUCCUGCGGGUUUUUCCAUGGGAUCGAUGUAUGAAGACCACCGUCCUUUAACAGGACUAGCAGCUGCUCUUGCUGGAGCCAAACUCAGAAAAGUAUCGCGGGUAAGCACAGUUCCAGACAUUUUAAUUUUAAUUUUUGAAUUAAGGUCUUCAUCUGCUCAGACUGUUCAUAACGAAUGGCUAGAACAGCGAUCAAUAAUGUCUCUAAAAUGCCUAUAUCUAACUUUAUUAGAAUUAACUAUACAGUGGUACCUCGGAAGUUGAACAGAAUCCGUUCAACUUCCAAAACGUUCGGAAAUCAAAGCGCGGCUUCUGAUUGGCUGCAGGAAGCUCCUGCAGCCAAUUGGAAGCCGCAGAAGCCCCAUCGGACGUUGGGGUUCCAAAGAACAUUUGCAAGCCGGAACACUCACUUUUAGGUUUGCAGCGUUGGGGAGCCAAAACGUCCGAGUACCAAGACGUUCGGGAUCCAAGGUACGAUUGUAAUGGGAUACUGUUCAGAUGUAACCCAGUAUUGGCCUUGCAGGUCAAAUUUGAUAGGUGGACAGGCUGCUGCUGUGCUUCCGCAAAUAAACAAAACAAGGAGCACAUCUUGGAGGCUCCUCAGCCCUGGGGUAUGGCUAGGCUUUCGCUUGUCAAAUUAGGCGACCUACCGGUAAUUAUUAAAAUACUUCGAACUUUCCCCAGACUAUUUCAGAUCUUUGUUGCCAUCUAGAAAAUCUGACUCCUCAUUCUAACAAUAUAAUUUACAUGUCUUUACUCUUGGGCCUUGUCAAUUUUAGAAUGAAGAUUCUCCUAAUACCAGUGGAGGAGCGAGCUCUGCUUCGCCCAAAACAGAUACUGGCCGUGGGAAUGGGCCGCUCCCGCUUGGAGGAAGUGGCUUAAUGGAAGAAAUGAGUGCCCUGCUGGCAAGAAGGUAAGAUGAUAGUUUAAUUUUUACAUCUUUAAUAUAGUUCUCACUGUACAGGUUUGGCAGGUGUGUUUUUCCCAUCAUGGGAGCAAAUGGCAAAGAGCUAUAAACACCUCAGAUUCUUGGUAUGCAUAGUGUAUGAUGCGCCUACGAUGUGAGCACAUUUUCAGUGUUGCACACUUAAGUUUUUGCAUGUUGAGUGUCAUAUGUUUCAAUGAGGACAAUUUUCACAAGCUGCCAAGGAGCGAUAGCAAAGCCAUACAUUGGCAAGCAGUGUUGAAUAAGGAGUAACUGAGUUCACUUUUUGUCCCUGCUUGAAGGAGACGAAUUGCUGAGAAGGGAUCAUCAGAAGCAGAAACAAAGGAUGAAAAAAAUGUAAGUUGACAAAUUAAUCUGGCACAAUAUGCAACAUAUCAUAUAACCAAAUUACAGGUAACUCACACCUUAUGCUUAUUUUAUUUACAUGAUCACAGCUUUGCACACACCACACAGCUGCGAUUGUGAGCUUACCUGGCAUCCUCUCAGAGCACUUGCACCUCCUGCCUUUCUUGCUGGGCUUUGAGAAGGCAGCAGGAGGGCUCUGAGACUCUGCCAGAGCUCUUAGGCCACCUUCCCACACCUGGGUAAGCAGCCUUCCACCUUGCAGAGUGGUUUUACACGUUUUUGUGUUUAUACAUGGACCCUCAGAACCAAACCGUCACAUAAGAUGCAAAUUACCUGUAUUUUAAUUUUUGAGAUUAACUUGCCUUAAUGGGGAAAACUGCUUCGGUGCUUCAUAUCUGCUAAAAAAAACCCAAUAACUUUAAAUGUUCCAUCUGAUUAUGUCACCUCACUUCUGGAAAUUUUGACUAGACUUGCAGGUUGAUUGUAUUUUUCAUCUAAUUUAAAUAGGAAGAACCAGAGCAUUCAGCUUCAAAGCCUCCUUCAACAAGCACACCUGGUAAGUUGUACAAAACUGUGACAUUCACAUAGCUGACACAAAUUCUGUGCAUUCAUUGUCCUUGCUUUUAAGGUUCACUUUCCAAAAUCAAGUAUGUCAGUAACAACUUAAGCUCUAUAUCUAGAACAGAUUUCUAGUUUGACAAGCAAAAUAGCAAUCUCUGCAGCUUUUAAUUGGAUGCUGUUGCUUACUGUAAAUAUGGAUGCAACAAAUUUCUUAAGAUAGAAAUGUUUGAAUUCCUAGAAUAAUAGAAUUAUAGUAUUGGAAGGAACCCCAAGCCUCAUCCAGUCUAACCCCCUGCAAUGCAGGAAUCUCAGCUAAAGCAUCCAUGGCAGAUGGCCAUCGAACCUCAGCUUAAAAACCUCCAAAAAAGGAGAGCCCACCACCUCUUGUGAGUUCUUCAAGGUCAGGCAUCCCCAAACUCAGCCCUCCAGAUGUUUUGGGACUACAAUUCCCAUCAUCCCUGACCACUGGUCCUGUUAGCUAGGGAUGAUGGGAGUUGCAGUCCCAAAACAUCUGGAGGGCUGAGUUUGGGGGUCUCUGUUCAAGGUGUUGUGUGUACAUCAGGUGGGAUUGAAGCCACCGUUUCCAUCUUAACCUAUCGUAAUGGGGCUUGUAUAUGGGCUCCCUUUUUUUUACUCUUCCUUUCAACCAGUUUUUAAAAAAGGGGAAUAUAGCACAUAUUUCCUUUUAAAGGACUGGUUGAAAGGAAAUAGGUAAAGGGCAGUGAGGUAGAUGAUAACCAGUGAUUCAGCAUUGCAAAAUUCUUAGCAGGAGCUUAAAAAAAAAAUCUCUGAAGUGAGAGGCCCACAGGAUGAUUGAGUUUGUACGAUGGUUGUACAUGGGAACAAAAUGCCCUAAUAGCUGGGGUCUAAAUUGUCUCUGUCUCCCUGGAAAGACUUUCAGGUCACAGUGUAUCACUUACUGAAAGCAUUGCCUCGGCAUGCUGGGGGUAAAAUUCAAUAUGGAUUAUUGGGAAAUGGGUGGAGUACACAAGACAGCAAGUUUUUCAAUAUCACUGCUUAAAUCUGUGGUACACAGCCAGGCGCAAAGUGAUUAGAGCCAUACAAGUCAUCUUAGCUCAUAAAGAUUACUCUUUUUAAAGUACUAUUGUUAACAGCUCAGAGAAGGACUUUUCUACAGCAGUAAACAAAUGUAUGUAAGUAACAUCCAGUGAUUUUUAUCUCCUGCAGAGCUAACAAGAAAGCCUUGGGAAAGAACGAGUGCAAUGAAUGGAAGCAAGUCACCCAUUAUCUCGAGGUAGUUGUCUUUUGUUUGCAGGGUACAACCCCCACCCACCCCAAUGUGACUGGAACAGAGGAGUUUUAUUUUUAAAAAUUGGAUAUUAAAAUGCAAACCAAAGUAUUUUAUGGCUAUAGCUAGUGCUCCGUAUCAAAUGAAUCUUGUACCAAGGAGUGGAAGAAUCAAAUACCUUUUAGCCCUUCAAUUAUUUGUCCUUUAAAGAUUUUUGUUUGUUUGUUAUAACAAAGCAUGCAGUGAAAGAUGAAGAUCAGUAAUAAAAAAGGGUGAGGUUACUUUCCUUUUUCAAGAAAGCCUGAUAUUGAAUUAUUAAUUUUACAUUGUCAUAGCAAUUUUCCCUCAGGAAUUAAACAAGUAAUAUAUUUAGAAUAAAGUUAUACUAAGCUUAAGUAGUAGAUUGUGUAUGAGUUCAGCAUUAAUAAGGAGUUGAAAAAUGAUUUCGCUACAGAGUGUUUCCCCCAGGCUGAGGACAGUGAAACAAUUGCUGAGAUGGCUAGAGUGCUGGUGGAGAAAAAUUUGUUCUGAAUCGGACCAAACAUGGGUUAGAGCUCAACGCCGAGCCUACCAAGUGGUGAUAGCAGCAGCGAAGAAGACAUUCUUCGCCGCCUCUAUUGCAUCUGCUGAAAAGAGUUCCAUGAGACUCUUUCAGGUAGUUCGUAAUUGAACAGAACCACCUUCUCCAUUGGGGACCUAUAAGGACUCCCAAGAUCUCUUGCAGUGAUUUCACACACAAAAAUUGGAGAUAAAAAUCACUCAAAUUGGAACUAGUGAUGGUGGUGAAGGUCCUGUGUGAGUGACUGGAUGCGGUUGGAUGGCAGUUAAUGGACUGACAUUGAAUCCCAAGAAGACAUAAGUACUGUUUUGGGGGGUCAGGUGUGGGGGACUCCCUGGUUCUGAACGGGGUAACUCUGCCCCUAAAGACCAGGUGCGCAGCUGUGGGGUCAUUUUGGACUCACAUCUGUCCAUGGAGGCGCUGGUUAAUUCUGUUUCCGGGGCAGCUGUCUACUAGCUCCAUCUGGUGUGGUGGCUGAGACAGUGCCUGACUAAAGUAAUACCUUUAGUGGAUUCCUCCACUAGAUCAAAAGCCUGUGGACAGAAGGAGUCCAUUGUUCACUGAUAGUGAAGUUUGGGUCCAAGCUUCACCAGCAAUGAACACACUAAUUUGCCACGUAACCAAACAUCCCAUGGCCUUCCAUUAGCUGUGUGUUUUUAGAAGGACAGAGAAUUAUUAUAAUUAUAAUUUAAUAUUGUAGCUGCUUUGAAGACUUUAUAUCAAGGCAGGAUAUAACCUUUAAUGUAAAGGAAUGCACUCAGAAGUGAAACUUCCAUUUAAAAUCAACAACGCAGCAUUCUACUUUCAAUGGUCAGACUGCCAUUCUUCCAAUAUUUUUCAAUUUGAGCAAAAGACCAUCUGGGUCCAGCAGAAGCAGUUUGCUCAUUAGUCAAGAAAACAGAAUAAUUAAACUUCUUAACUACUUGGCGGGGUGUGUGUGUAAAGGCAUGGUAGGCAGUAGAUCACUGUUCUUAUAAAUUGAAUUGCUGGUAGCAUAGUUAACUUGAACCAUGUUUGUUUGUUCUUCACAGACCAAAAUCUGCAUCCUCUGGGCAACCCAGUACAAAUGGAGUACAGUCUGAAGGGCUAGACUAUGACAGAUUGAAACAGGUAAAUAUUUUAUACUAGAACUCUAGUCCUAAUGUUGUUUAUGAUAUUGACUUUAAUUAUUUCUGGUUGACAACAAACUUUAUUUCUAUAAUUUCUCCGCCAUUUGUGCAGCAUGAUGGUGUACAACAUGAUGGAAAGAAUAUAAAGUACAACAAUAAAACAUUUUUAAAAACCACAAAUAUGCUUAGUAUGCAGGUCUUAAAGCAGUCUAUUGAAAACAUCUACAGAAAACAUCUAAAUAUAGCUGCCUUCAGUCACUAUGAAACACUUUAAUGAAAAGGUUAUAACCAGUUGUCAAACUGCCAACAUAGGUGGUUAAACAUGCAUCCCACGGAUAUUAUUAAGCUUCUGGGCUUAAUAUCCUGGUUAAUUAACAGACAUUAAACCAGAAUUCCCAGUUUUGACCUUAAUAAGGAACUCUAGUUUUAAAUGAGCAGGAUCUCUGAAUGAAUGGCAGAGGGGACAUGGGCAAAGUGCACAGGCCUUAAACCUGUUUCUGGCUUCAUAAAUUGUGGUUAUGAAGUAGGUAAGAAUACCUCCUAAUCUGACAUAGAAUUGCUACUUUGCUAGUUUCAUUGUAAAUAAACACUUCUUUUUAAGGCAUUGCAUCAAUACUGCCCCAGUUUUACAUAACAUUUCCUCUGGGAGGGGGUUUUUCUGAACACAGUGAGGCAGCAAAAUCACCCUUUUCUUCCUUAUCCCAUCACCCUUGCCUAUCUUGCCACUGAGAUCCCUGAGUUUCCACAAAUAGAUGCAACAAUCAGCAUGUGAUCAAUUCCCAGAUUUGUAUGGUGGAGAAGAAUUAGCUCUACAUUUUGAGCUUGUGUUCACUGGAUUUUCUCUGUGCACAAGCUCCAUACAAAAGUAGGGGGAAAUUAUAAUUUGAUCUAGGUCAUAGAAGCACUUCAUUUGGAGUGUCGCUACUUGAAAUUUAAAAGUAGGCUUGUUAAAUCUUUUUCAAUUUUGAUACCUUUUAAAUUGCCUUGGGCAAAACUUUUGACUUUUUCAUUCUGUUCUGAUACCAUAGGAUAUUUUAGAUGAAAUGAGGAAGGAAUUAACGAAACUAAAAGAAGAGUUAAUUGAUGGUGAGUAUUUCAACCUAUGACUGGUUUUCAGGAUUUUAAGAAUGGAAUUGUAUGAAUGAGUUAGGGAUUUGAAAUGGAAAAUUCUCAGACCUCACAUGCUCACCUUUCAUUGGCACAUGAUCCUGACCCCCAAAUGUUCCACUAUCACAGUUAGAAUGGAGGAGUAUAGUAAAUGUCCUAAGACCCUGCCCCACUUUAUUAUGUACUUGGGCUGGCUGUGGCACUCCCAGAACAUUAGAUUACCAGAGCAUGGUUUACUGUGACAAGGCUAUCCAUCCAAGAAUAACAGUAGCUGUAAACCAGCUAGAGCUGGAAAAGGGCACUCAGCACCACCAGAGCCACUUGGGCUUCCCUGGACAAAUCUGGAUCCAGGAAAACACCCAGACUGUGUACCUGGUUUUUCAUGGGAAAUAUAAUCCCAUUUAGAGUGUGCUGUCUAUCUAAUUCUCAGACCCUAGAAACACCUAGCAACAGAGCCUUCAUCUUGUCAGAAUUCACUUUCAGUUUAUUAGUCUUUUUGGGACUACCACACUAUAAUGUAGCUCCCUCAGCCUGAAGACAGAUGAGUGCCACAACCCCGUAGUCGCCUUUGACUGGACUUAACCAUCCAGGGGUCCUAUACCUUUACCUUUUACCUAUAGCCACAUUGUCUGUACUACGGUUGAGGAAACACUGUCUUGAUACAGGUUUUCUCAAAUGAACAGACCACAUCCUUUCUCUGUUGAGAUACUGAAGAGUUUUAACAGCAAUUUCCCUCCUCUUUCCAAAUCAGCAAUCCGGCAAGAACUGAGCAAGUCGAAUACAGCAUAGUAGGACUUAGCCGUUGUGACCACUGGUCUUGGCACAAAAUCGACUACAUUUUGCGAGCUGUUAGAAGAAAAUGGAAAAAAUACACUUGGAAGAAGGGCAAGAUUCUGAAAGCUUUCAGACAUCACUUCGGUAUACGAUUUCCCUUUGCUGCUGUUUUCUGACUUUAAACCUGGUGGAAAAUGUUCUUAAGUUGCGGUAACGAUUUAUGCAGAAAAUCCUAUACCUGUCAGACGAGAUCACAGUGCAUUGAAAUGUUUUCAUAUCGAGAUGAAGCUGCACAUUCACAAUUCAUUAAGACUAAGAGAGAGAGAGAGAGAGGAGAGAGAGAAAAGCUUGGGAAGGCUUUUCAGAGAGGUUUUCUUAGUGAAGGAUUUAGCAAGUUAUACUGUUGUACAAAUGUAUCUCAGGUUAGUCUUCCUAUCAUAUGGGGUGUUUCCAUGAAUUAAAGAUCAAACAUGACUUCAGUUCACAAAAUAAAUAACAGAUAAGAGUAUGUUGUAAAAUACAAUAUUGGUGAAUGAGGGAUCUUCUAGGAUGUGAUGAUAUAUUGAGUUUUGGAAUCUUAUGAUAGGAAGCCUCUCUAGUUAGCCUUCGUACAGUUUUGUAGGGGAAAAUGCAAAUGCUGUCCUGAGUAUAAAGAUGUAGAUGCCUUCCUAAAUUGUAAUGCUUUACCAAAUCUAAGACUUCUCCAGAAAACAAAUCAAUGGUCAAAUGUAAAUUGUUAGAUUGUUAGAGACUUACCGUAGGUUUUUGAGCUUUUAAGAUUUAUGCAUGUAGACAUUUUUGUAAUAUAACACAACCACAGAGUUGGCUUUUUAAUUUAAAACAUCCUUGCAUGCCACAAAUAUUAAGUAGCCUUUUUACAGUAAGGCCUAGUUAACGCCCAGGCAAAACUUGGGAGGUGUAGGGUUGGGGGUAGGGUGACUUUUUUUUAUUUAAAAAAAUUUGUAUUAAUUACUGCACUAUUUUUCCUUAUAUUGCAUGCAUGUGUAAUAAUAAGGAAAAUGUUGUGACUUAUCAGUAACCAUGUUAAAUAGAAGCAGAUACUUAAUAAUUUUUUUGUAUCAUUUUGUUUGUAUUUCAAAAUUAGUAAUGCUUCAGUAAGAGGUUUGGAAACCCUUAAGCGAUUUUGCUUCUUUUUCUUAACUUGGUAUAAAGUUAAGCAUCAUGAUUAAACUUAGAGGUAAUUUUUUUAAAAAGAGGCAUACAAAAGUAGUACAGAGCAGUCUUUCCACAACAGCUACUUGAACCUGUGCAUUGAGGUCAGUUUCUACUUAAUUUGGGAGUGAGCAUAGUGCAAGGGUUAUUUAUGCUGCCAAUCCUUUAAUCCCAGUUUAAGUGACUAGGAGCAGGUCAUGAGGUCAUGUACUUCUUCCCAACCUCUCCCCAACGUAAAUUCCUCCUGCCCUUCUCCCCAUCUCUGAAUCGUGGUUAACGGUUGCAUCGUCACUGGCCGUAAACUUGACAAUACCAUAUUUUAAUCAGGACUGGAAAAGCUUUUGGUGCCAGUGCUGCCUGUAACCAGGGUUAAGGAGCUGGGGGGUGAGCAGGUCAUGCCAGGAAAGGUGCACAUUUUCCUACAGCUUGCUCCUGUUCCUUUAACCAUGCAGUGGACCUAGGUCAGGCAUGGCCAAAUUUGGCCCUCCAGCUGUUUUGGGAUUACAACUCCCCAGCAUCCCUAGCUAACAGGACCAGUGGUCAGGGAUGAUGGGAACCGUAGUCCCAAAACAGCUGGAAGGCCAAGUUUGGCCAUGCCCUGACCUAGGUAGUCUAGGUCAAAUAUUGAUGCACAAAGUCACACAAUGGAAAGUCUUAAGAACAGUGGUGGCAACAACAUAUUCUUCAAAGAUGAAAUUCACUUUGUUCCAUCUCCUGUUCCAGUGUCCAAACCUUUACUAAGAUAUCCCAUACAGACUUCCAGAAAGGGAUGGGGUGGGGAAUCCUGCAAUUUUAAAUGUUGUAAUUCGGCCAAUAAUGUGCAACAAUCUCUAAUUCCCACUGCCUCUUAAAUUCUCCAUGCUAUAUAAUAGUGCCAUAUUUAUCUUGUGAGCUAUGCUGAUUUGAAAAAAAAUAACUUGUGGCUAUGGACAGAAUUACUCAUUUUCUUGAAUUACCCACUUUCAUCCAGUUUAGUUCAUAAGAAAGCUUUAUUUACCAUAUCCUCCCAAGUGUUGGGCACCAAAGCAAAUUAACAGCUGCUUAUUGCUGCUUCAAGUUUUCAUUGAGGACAUUCUCUGUUUCCCCUCUUUCUGUAAGAUGGAAGUAUGACAUAUAAAAUAUGAUCCAAAAAUCAGUGGUUACAUUUUUUUUAAAGUGUUAUCUGCAUGCAUUAGUUGAAGGCAUUUUUUAAAAUAACAAGGCAAACAGAUGUUGCUCUCAAAUUAAGAGGAGGCAUUUUCAUCUUUUAAAAGUAAUUUCUGAUUAAACAGUAUAACCCUAAAUGCUUACUCUUUUCAGAAAUCAUGUCUGAUUUUGUUUGUAAAGAAAAUUCAGAGAUAGCCUAGCAGAAUGUUAGAGGUGUAAGUGGUCCAAAGGUAAGAAAACUGAGUUACUAGAUUGUGAACGAAACUGGUUAAUGCACUAAACGUUUUGUGCCUUGGUCUAAAAAUAACAUGAUUUCUGUGCAAAAGGAAAAAAGAAACAGGUCUUUGUACUCUUUCUACAUGCAUAGUUAUGUGAUCCUGAAUUGGACCGUUCCAGGAAAUCCAAUUUUAGUUAAACUGUAAAUUAAGGCUGUUUUAAUGACAGCUAUGCCAUUGCUAGAUAGUCCUGUAAUUAAAAUGAGCUACAGAGGAAGCUUAGGUUAUUUUAAUUACUGUUCUUUUAAAAAAAUGUUAUGAUGGUUCCUGUGCUUUUGUACAGCGGAUGCCUUAAGCUGAAUAUGGUUUAGGGGAUCACUUUUAAUUCCAGGAAGGUAUUGCUUUCCUCAACACUGUGAUCUGAUCUGUGAUAAAUCUGUCCUAUUCAUAUACAAGUGGCUAACAAGUCAAUUGCAAACAAACUGAAUGUACAAAUCUUAGUGCUGGUGCUGAAAUCUCUUCAGAGUUGUCAUGAAACAAAGUUCAUUGUUCAAAAAGUUUGCAAGCAUCAAGUGUCAAUCAAAACUGAAGAUGAAACACUAAUGAAUGUUGAAUUUUCAUGCAUUUAGUUUUACCUCCUUUUGAGUUUUUCAGUUAAUUCUCUGCUAUUUUUACCAUAUUGUGUCAUUUUAAAAUUUCUUAAAAUGCUAACUUUGUUUUGUUUGAGCAGAUGAAAUAAAAUUGCAAUAUAUACAUGCUGCUGCUAUUGUUUAUGAGACUUGAUGUCAUAAUGAGAAACUGAUUCCUCCUCCUUGGCGUCACCUAUUCCUAUUGUCCUAAAUUCAUAGCAUACUAAGCAUGCUACCUCCACAAAGAAUGUAACAAAUAACGCUCAUAAUUCAAAACUUAUGCUGAAUCCAAGAAAGUGGAGCUAUUUCAUCUUGAAGUUGCUUUUGAGCUUUGUUUUGUCUCCAUCCAGGCUCCCCAUACCAAUGAAUGAAUGAACACACACAAACACAACACCACACUACAUUAUGCUACACAAAAGCAACACCAUACAUUUUGUCCAAACAGUUGUUUGUGCUUGUUCCUUUGUUUCAUUUCUUUUAACCCAUUAGUCCCCACCCCUUUUUUUCUUUGCUGACAUCUUGUGUUGGAUAUAACGCAAAAGUGAUUUGUGACGCUUUCUUUGUCAAGCUUCCACCCUUUCACUCAAAUCACUUCUCACUUUCUAGGUAAUGUCAUUUAUGUGAUUUGUUUUGGGACUACAGUUCCCAUCAUCCCUGACCACUGGUCCUGUUAGCUAGGGAUGAUGGGAGUUGUAGCCCCAAAACAGCUGGAGGGCCAAGUUUGGCCAUGCCUAGACUAGAUCAUAAAAAGCUCCCUGUUUAAGUUAGAAAGACAAGAUCAGACAUUAAUGAGGUCAAAGAGAAAUUAUGGGCUUCAUUAAUUAAAUGGAAUCAGGGAGCACUUUCCCAUCAAGUAGAGAGUAUGUGGGUAUCUUGACAGUGACAUUAGAAAGAGGAUAAGUUGUUUAUAUAUGUAGAAAACAGAAGCAGAGGUGGAGGGACAUUAAAGGCAUAAACAUCUGAUUUGAGGCUGGAAGGGAGUACUAUGGAUAAUUGUUAAAACACUUAAGUAGGUAACCAUAUGCCUUUCACAUAGGAAACAGCAUUUUGAGGGCAUUGGAUUGUGUAAGCCCAGGUUUCCCUCUGCUGACUACUGUUGGAAUUUCAACUAUUUAGGCAUGAGCUUAGUUUGUUAAAAGCAAGUAAAAUGUGACGCUCCAUAAAUAGGAUUUAAAUACUUUAUACACCCAAAAGAAAUAUUUGUCCAACUAAAUCAUACUUGGAAAUAAAUGGACUUAUCUUACUUUGAAGAGUCUGUAUGAGUAACCACUGGAUACCACCUUAUGCAAAUAACUACACUGGGACAUUUCAUUUUCAAAAAUUACGUCCUAGUAAUUAAAGCCUGCCAAGCUAUCAUACAUCCCCCAUGAGGGAGGGGAGGGCUGUUGUCCCUUGUUGGAGGGGGGAGCCACCAAUCAUAUUAAAGCUUAGUGCACUGCAUAUAAAUUACAACUUAUUGAGUGCGUAGGUUUUGGGAGCAGAUGGAUACCAUGUCAGCCUGAUCAAAGUUCGUAAGAGCCACAUACAGCAAGGUUUUGGUAUGCACCACAAGAAGCACAGUCCUUGUUCCUGCAGCUUCCCCAUUAGCACUCCCACAUAUUGCCUCCACAAUUGGUUCAUUUCCCAGGAUCCAGUCAUUGCUCUCGAGUUUUUCAUGGCAUAUGUCCCUCCCCACGUCUGUCAUUCAUCCAGCUCUUCUUUGGUAGGUGGGUUGUCCUGUUCUUGCUGCUGCCACCUUUGCUCGAUUAUGCCAGAUGGUGUUGGCAGUCGCUAGCAGUUGUGUGUUGAUCCGCACAGCCACCAUGGGAAAACACAAGAUCACCAGAUUUGCUUGUGCCGUAGCUGUUGUGCCCAAUAGCAUUUAACAUUCUUUUUUUCUUGCCAUCUCUUUUCAGGCAUUUCCAAGGGUGAUGCUAUAAUCAUUAGCAGCUGGUGAACAAAGCCAGCGUUGUUAUUUUGAUUCUUCCUUCCAUUUCGGUCAUCACAGGAGCAAAUGCUUCAUAAUCACCUGCUUCUUGUAAAGACCUUUAAUGCGUUCUCCACAAUAGCGGUGCCUUCUUAAAGCAUUCCCUAAACCAGCUCAGCACUGAACUGAGCCUAGGCAGAAUUAAAUUCCUUUAAUUCUUUUCUUUUUAAAAAAGAAAAAAAGAAUGAAAUGUUGGCAGGAACAUUGUAAGAUUCCAUGAUGAUCUGUUUACAACAGGGAUGGAGCACCUAUGACCUUGAUAAGUGUUUGCUGGUCUACAUCUUCCAUCACCCCUGAACUUGCUGGCUGAGCUUCUUGAGACAGUCCAGCAAUAUCUGGAGGGCUGCAGGUUUCCCUCCCUUCGUUUAUGAAAAAGGGAUGGACAAACCACCUGGAGAGGGACAGGAAAUACUGAAUUGGGCUGAGAAUGGGGGGAAUCACUUGGACUGGGUCUGAGUGCAGGUGCUGGAUGGUAGGGAAGUGAUUGGACUGUGAACCCUGUGAGGAUAACUGCCCACUUUUUUGUUCCCCUACCCAGACAAACUGUCUGGACAAACGCCGGCUCCCUCGGCCUGUAAAGCGAGAUGAGCGCUGCAACCCCAGAGUCGUCUGUGACUGGACUUAACUGUCAGGGCCCUUUCCCUUUCCCUUUAUAUUGGGUUGAAUGGUUCGUGUGACCCAACCUAAUAGGGCAGGCAGAAAGCCAUGAGAAGGGCAUUACACCUCUCAGUUCUGGGCAGUCAGGGAGGCUGAAGGAAGCAGGAGAGACUUGUGCUGCCUCCAACUUUCCAAGGCACAUUAUAUAAAUAGAGCUGAUAGGCCCCUUACUGAAUACUGGAUCUUGACCUUGGCUUAACCAGGCUGACAGAACAGCACAUGUUCCACUUUGAGAGAUUCGUGCUGCCACUUAAUUUCCAAGGCUCUCCAUGCAAAUUUCAAAAAGCAGAUCUGGCUUGAUAGAAAAUUAACAAUAUCUGAAGCAAGAUGAGAUCAAGAAAAAGCUAUAGCAGGUGCAUUGUACCCAGGCACAUGGAAGGCAGUAGUUAUCUGAGAAAUUCAACCUCACGAGGCAGAAAUUUCAUACAUGCCACAUGGAUCUCUCUGAAGUUGCCACUUUCAAGAUCUUAAUAAAACUCUCUAAUUUAGAAUGUAACUUUAAACAAAAGCAACCCCUCUUUUCAAGCACAAGACCUGUCUUUGCUUCAUUUUCCUUCAAAGUUGAGUGUUUUCCUUGCACAAACGUACUAAAACAGCAAUGGUUUAAGAAAUAAGCGACCACAUGGUCUAUUGCAGCCUUUGCCAGUGUAGUCCAAAACAUCAAGAAGGCACCGAGUUGGGGAAGGCUAGCCUAGUGGUAUUUUAGAAGUUCAGUGUUUUAAAAUAUUUAAAUGACAUAAAAAUGGAUGACUGUCGUCAGUUACUUUCCAACAAUAGUAAUCCCAAGUAUCUGUUUUCAUCCUGACAGGCAAAAUCUGGGGAGAAAAGUAAUGUUUUGGUUUUUCACAAUCAGACACAACGCAGAAAGCACCUUGUAUGGAACUUGCUUGACAGUAGGAUCUCAGUCUGAGAGCUACUGUGCUAUCUACAUUAUGUUUAAGACUUCAUGUACCAUAUACCUACAAAACCAAAACAACACUUGAAAAGUAGUAAGUCCUAUCAUUUAGCAACUAUUUUUCACUAUUUGGAAGCCAUAAUUGCUGCUGAUGGUGCUGCCUACAUUGGACUGCUUACUGAGAACCUUUGCAACUUAAGUUGAUAGCUUCCUUGUAAAUCAGAGCAGGGAAGUCAGACAAACAUGAAAGUAACUUGGUGUUAUGAAAUUCUCUACUAGUAUCAGAUUCAAGUCCAUUGCUUGUACUUAACAUUCUUGUAUUAACCUUUCAUUCCCCGCUUAAUUUUAUAUAUACAUUCAUUUAACAGCAAUAAUUUCUUGCGAGUUUUGGGAAGGUGGUCUUUGGCUUGCUGUUGGCCCUUGCAUUUGUAAUAAAACCCGAUCUAAGCUAUAGUUAUAAUGGCACCUAACGUCUCUGUGUCGCUUAAUAAAAUGAACUCUAGACCUGCAUGUCUUUUCCUUGGCAGCUACUGUGGUCUAACAUAAAUUUGUCUUAAAGUUGCAAACCACUAAGAUAGGAUGCUAACAUAACCUAGUAAGGGGGGGCGUGUUAAGUAAAUUAAUUCAGUUUUUAUAUUGAUAAGUACCUAAUUCAAGACUUAGAUUUGAUAAAAUGUGGUACAUACAAAUACAUAGCUUAAUUUUGUAAAAACCAGUUACAGCUCACAUUGCUGAAUUUUAGUGUGUGCAUAUAUAUAUAUAUAUAAUAUAUACGUGGUGCAUAUAUGUGAAGUGUAUAUUUCACUAAUCUGUAAAAUAUCCAUGAAUUGAUUUGAGUUCUGCUUUUAAUAUAAAUUCAGUUCCAGUUGUAGCAUUAACUGGGACAGGAGUUUUCUGCCAAAGUGACAAAACAGGGGGGAGGGGAGAGUGCAAACACGGUGUGUGUUCUCUAUAAAACAAAAGUGCCUUAAUCUCACAUUAAAAACUGUAUGAAAUGCAUGCUAAUUUUCUGUAAUCACUUCUAUACCUAAUGUGCAUGGCAUUAAUAUGUAAGUCUGCAUAAAUAAUCAUCAUUGGAAUCAGGUUGCUUUCUUCUGUCCUAGUUCUUCCAUCAUGUCCAUUCUUUUUGCUUUGCUGGUUUUCUAGAUGGUUUCUUACUCUGCCACUUGGUAUCUAGUUACCUUAUGAAAUAAAAGUUAAUCUUAUGU